CCCAAAUAAAUCCUGGCUACGCCCAUGGUUUGGGGGCACUUAACCCACAAAACUGAGCAACACGCAAUCUACGCCGUUUUGACGUACUGUUUCUUUAAGAGCAGAAAGGAGGAGGUGAGUGGGGCUGUCAGCUGACAGCAGCAGUGGCGGCUGAUGCUUUAACACAGGGCGAAAACACAGGGCUUUCUCUCGUGCAGGAUUCUAACUGCGCUUACUCAGAGGCAAAUCCGAGCCCAGCAGCGGGACUUCUCUCUCAGUAAAUGUCCUCGGCACAGACGUUUUAAUUGCAAGCAUGUCGCGCAGCGUCAGAUCCUGAGACCUGGCCUUUCACUGCUAGACGCCCCCGCGCAACGCGAUCCUAUUCUGCUCGCCUGGUGGGGGAAUUCCUCCCAGUUUAGUAUUGCAGAAAUAAAGUGAUGGGGGAGGGAGGGGAAAUGUGCUUUGCUUCUUUGUGUAGACCGGUUUCUUUUUAACCCGGGGUGGUGGAAUCCAUGUUUAUUCCAAAGCCUAAAUAAUGCAAGGGAUCCGCCGAAGGCGCCUUCGCUUUCCCAAUGGGCAGGCGCCAUAGGCAAAGGGGGCGGGCAAGGCUGCUGCUUCUCCCCCCGCCUUCCCUUCCCGGGAUCGCGAUUGGCUGCAUGCGGGCUUGUGGCUUGCCAGCCUUCUUGCAGGGCUCUGGUUGCCGGUGGGGGUCAGCAGAUGAUCUGCAGCCGGUGAGUGAGGCCGGGAAAUUUGGGACAAUGUCUCUGGGCAGGUAAGCCAGCGUAAUAAGACAGCGCCGGGGGUGUUUUUCCUUUUGGUUAGGGGGCUGACUAGCUCAGUCCAGGGGCUGCUGCUGUUUGGAAGGGCCUCAUGUUGAACCCCCCCCUUUUUUUUUUAGGAUAAAGCAGAGCAAUAAAGCGCAAGGUCGCCUCCGUGCGGUUAAGGGUUGUCGGAAACCUGCCGGAGCAGCAAUGGUUAAUUUCCAAAAAGAAGGGUGCCAGGGGUUGCCCACAACAGGAAGGCAUGUUUCUCGGGAAGGCUUUCUUCCAAAUCUCGUGUGUGUGAAUGUGUCAGUGUCAGAAGAUGGUGAUGGUUACUGGCUGACAAAGGCAAAAGUCAUUUUUAAGUAUGCUGAAACACCCUCCUCUUCCUUAUGAUCGCUCCUGUUCCUUUUGAAAGCCGAAGGCCCCCACUUGAGGCCUGGCUUAAAUUUAAAGGGCAGGCUAAAGCAGGUUUGCCCCACAGUAAGUUCAAAUGAGUUCAGUGAUACUCGUAAUAAAUCAUAGCUGCCAAGUGUCCCUUAUUUGAAGGGACAGUCCCUUAUUCCAGCACCAUGUCCCGCUGCUGUCCCUUAUUGAUGGAUGUCCCUUAAAUGUCCCUUAAAUGAUGUCCCUUAAAUUUCAAAGGAAGCAGCUCCUCUUCCUCCCUCCCUGCGGGCCAGGGAGGAGGGAGGCUCCAACUGUGUUGCUUGGCUGUGUUGCUCACCCAAUAAGGAGUCUAAGAACGACUGGGGGGUGGAGCUUGCAUGCCUUGUGUGUGGCUAGUUAAUGCAAGUUGAGGGGUUUUUUGAAUGCUGGACACCAUUUUGUUGCACUUGCUGCUGCAAACUUUGCAGUGCAAAGCCAGGCUGGGGAGCCAUCUUAAGUUGAGGCUGCAUAGGUCUUGUGGUGCAUGUGAUUCAGAUUCUAUUCAGUUGAACCUCUGGUUACAAAGUUGGUUAGACAGUGUUCUCGAAGCUACCAGCAUGAGUUUGACCAGAUUGCAGGAGGACAGGAAGACUGGAGUGCCUGGAACAGGUGAGGCUGCAGGUCCCUUAUUUUGGCUGCUGGUCCCUUAUUUUCAAGGCUGCUGGUCCCUUAUUUUCAAAUCUGUAAGUUGACAGCUAUGUAAUAAAUUAAGAAUGAUUUGUGGAAGGGGAGAGGAACGCCCAACUUCCUCUUACUCUGCUCCUGAUAAAUAAUAGCACUAGAAAGGAAACCAGCAUUUGCAGAAGUUAGGAAAGGCCGAAAGGCGCUUCCUUGUUGCACAACUGACUUAUAAAAGCCGGGUUAAAUCCAACCUUAAUUGACAGUUCUGUGGCUGCAUGUUUUGCUUGGGCUUUGGAUAUGUCCGCUUGCAUCAGGAAACGUUAAAGAACGAUAGGUUUUGUAGCUCUCAAUCGGUAGUGAGGUCCAAGCGGCCCCAGCCUUGCACAGCUCUGGACCCUGUGGCUGAGCAAACCCGCAAUGAGAAGUUACAAAAAAUCAAGGUAUUCAAAAUUUUGUAUUAUUUUAGAUGGUGUGAAAAGUGACUGAUGAUGUGAAAAGCAAACUAAGAAGUCCAGGCUCCCCUAGAAUCCCAGGCCCACAACAGGCAUGCCUCUUUCUUCUUCUACUGCCCAAAAUACUCUGUCAUCACUCUCUGCAGAGGAGUCACCAAUGUUUUUAAUAUGCAAGGAAAUCCUUUUGCAGUAGUGCUGUUAUAUUCCCGGUUCCCGGGAAUCUGACUCAUAAGCCAGAAAGGAUAUUAUUCACACACCAGGAAAAUGCACAGGUGUGUCGUUGCAGCAGCACACAUUUUGUGCACAAAUUAUAAGCUUGUGUCUUAAUUUUUCCUUUGGAAAAAAGCCUUGCUGUCAGGCCACUGUUGUCUAGCUCACUUCUUAGGCAAUUGCUUCAUUGUGUUUGUGUGUGUGUGUGUGUGUGCGCGCGCGCGCACAUAUCUGAGAGAAAGGGGGGGGGCAGAUGAUGUGGCUCCUGUAUGGUGAGCCUAGAAAUAAAAAGGACUUGCAGGUUGGGAGGAUGCCAGAGGGAGAAAAGAAAGAUGGAUAAAGGGGUAAAAAGCAAAUAGAAAGAUGAGUGGCGCAGCAAGAAAAUAGAGCUGUGCAGUGCUGUACACCCCACCCAUUUUUGGAUCUGGUCCUGUCCAUCAUCAACAUCCCCAACAGAUUAUCCAUGACUCUUGACACAUUUCUUCCUUAUUUCUUUUUUCUUUUUUUAAAUGAUAUUUAUUAAGAAUUUUAAAAUUACAGAAAAACAAAGAGAAAAAGAAGGAAAAAACAAGGGAAAAACAAACAGCAAUCAAACAAUACAAAUCGAUAAAAAUCAAAAUCAAAAAACAAAAACAAAACACAUAACACAUCAAAAUCAAAAAGCAAAAAUAAACCACAAAAAUUUAAAAACAGAUCCAAUAUUCCCAAAUCCUUAACUGUCAUUACCUUAUUUCAUCGACCUCCUCACACCUCCCUUUUUUGUAUUCUAGUUGUUAAUUAUCACAGCAAAUCCUUUCUAUUUUUCAUAAUAUUCUGUCAUUAAAUUACCUUAAUCUAUUUUAACCUUAUAUUACUAUAAAAGACCAUAAAACUUAAAACUUAAAUCUUAUUUAUACCAAUUUCUCAUAACCAUAACAUAUUCUUACAUAGUUCUUUUCAACAUUUCUUUUCUAGAACAAGGAUGGACAGAUACUGCACUUGUGGAAUCUUGGUGUUUUUUUAAAAAAAUAUUAUUUUACUAAAACUCCUAAGCCCAUCAGCUGGAGCCUGGUGCAAAAUGGUGGGUCAGAUAAGGAACAGGGUCAGGCCAGGAUUAUUCCUGGGGUCAUGAAGGGGUCCCUGCCUAUAAUGCCAUGAUAGCAGGUUAUGGGAUGUGAUUCUUGCUAUACGCUUCCCACUGCUGUGAACCUAGCAUGUGGUAAUGGAACGUCUGCUUUAAUGGCAAGCUGGAAAGUUCUAAAAUUAUAGGCCUGGUUACGGCCCAGAUUUAGAGGCCAUUGGGGAAGAAUGGCUACAUAGGUAGCAGAUUAGAGGUGAUUCAAGGACUGGUGAGAACUUUGCUGUGCUGAACAGAUCAGUGCAUUUGGGCUGGAUUUGGCUACCUUUCUUAGGGGAGAUACUUACAGUGAUUUAGGUUUUCUGCUGAAAGAAAGGCAUUCCACACCAAGCUGACUUAUGUGCGAUUAGUCUACACUGAAAUAGAAAACCUUGUACAGUAUAUAUCUGGCAGCUCCCGCUGGUGGAUUGGCAGAAACACCUGUUGGGAAAAAUCCCCAAGAAAAAACUCACAUAUUUGUUUUCAGAACUAGAAAAGUAUUCAUACCAAAAUCCAUUCCCUAAGUGAUCUUUACUCAGCAGCCUUAUUUUAUUUUAAGGAAGCCUUACUUUAAAAAAAACAGUUUGGAGUAAAGAAACUCUUUCUACUCUUCCCCUAAAAUCCCCCAGUAGAUUCUGAUCUGCCUUUGCUCUCCUCUGCUCUAGAUCACCCCAGUAUCCUGAGCUGAAAACAGUAGUUAUCAUUGCCUGUGCUAAUUUUGCUUACAGGAAAUUCCCAGAUCCCAGGAGCAGAGCAUCUCCUCUGCAUGCAGAAAUUCCCAGGUUCCAUUCCUGGCAUCUGCAGGCAGAUUUGGGAAUGUCCCUUGCCUGUAACCCUGGAGAUUCACAGCCAAUCAGUGUUGACAGUACUGGGCCGGAUGGAUCAAUGGUUUGCCGUGAUAUAAAGCAACUUCCUAUGUGUCCAUUCAAAUUAGGUUGGCUGGGUUUUCUAUUACUUCAGGCAGAAUCAGGGCAAGGUCUUAGAAGCACAGACACAACUGGUCUUCCUGCAACCAUUGCUGUAGUAGAGCUGUCACUGUUGGAGGAUAGCCAUGACAAUCUCUGGUGACCUCAUUGUCAGUACAGCCCUGUCUCUGUGACUAGAGCAUUUACUUAUUUUUAAGUAUCGUUAAGGAUGGGUGAAUGUAGCACUGUAAAAAAAUAAUAAUGGGGAAAAUAGUACAGUGGUACCUCAGCUUACAUAUGCUUCAGGUUACAGACUCCGCUAACCCACAAAUAGUGCUUCAGGUUAAGAACUUUGCUUCAGGAUGAGAACAGAAAUUGUGCUCCGGCAGCGCAGCAGCGGGAGGCCCCAUUAGCUAAAGUGGUGCUUCAGGUUAAGAACAGUUUCAGGUUAAGAAUGGAGCUCCAGAAUGAAUUAAGUACUUAACCCGAGGUACCACUGUAUAGGGCUUCCUGGCCCGGCACAGUUAUUCGUUGUCCUUUCAAGAUCACUUUCUUUUAAGGAAAAAACAGGAACUCGUUUUUGGAAAGUAUGUGACUUGAACACAUUCACGAACAUGCUGUUUUCUAUGUUUCCCUUAGAAACAAAACUGAGAACCAUUUGGCAUUUAAGGGCCAGUCUCACUUCUCCAUUGACUUGUAUGGGGCAGUAGUUGCAAGGAUAAGGAAUUGAUGCAUGUCCUAUUCAUGUCUGUAAAAUUAGUACAACUAUUGAUGCUGGAUCAGGGUUGGUACCAUAGCAAUGAUAAGCAGUCUGCCACUUGUGAAGAGGAAAAGAGUAGUUAUAUGUAAACUGCUGCAGUUUCUACUGUUUGAAAUAUUGACCUCCAAGUCUCAGUUUGGCAGCUCAUGAUUCCAGGAACAGCAAAUAGAUCUUCUGGGCAGGAAUGGGGAAGCUUCUUCAGCCCAUAGGCUGCAUUCCUUGAUGGCUAGCUUUUCAAGGGCCGCUAUAAAACACAUACCCAUUCCUACAUCAUUCACAAUAAAACACAUAUGCAUUCAUAUAUACACCUAGGCAUGUGGCAUUUGUUAAUUUCUUCAUUCAUUCAAACGGACACACAUAGCAGUUAGGCUUGAAGAAAAGAUGAUUCCUAUAAGGAGGGGGGUGAUUUUUGUGGAGAGCACAAUAUAUUUGAAGGAGAGAGUUAACCCUUUACUCCCCCGGCUUAAAUCUUGGGAAACAGACAAGGAGUUAAAAACUCAGAAUGUGUAGAUCUGCCUUUGUAUCCUAGUUCAGUGUGAUCUUUGGAGGAAUAUUACAUCCACUUUGCUCCUUGGAUUUGUGCUUGAGAGGGAGAGCCUUAAGCAUCAUUGACUAUUUGAAACAAAAUAGUUAUAGCAAAACAAAAUACUUCUGUUUUUUGUUUUUAAAAAGCCAUGUAGCCUAGUUAUGUAGAAGAUGCCCUGUACCCAUGUGGGGAGUCUGAUUUAAUUUGCAUUUAAAGACGAACUGCAAAGACGAACUUUCAAUACACACACUGGAACAUAGCCAGAUAACAUGUUAAAGAAUGCAUAUACCAGGAGAGGUGUAUUACUAUAAUCAACAUAGAGAAAUGGAUUAUGUUAGAGAAAAUUGCUUUGCUAAAAUGUGUAUAUGAGACAAAACUGCAUACAAGAACGUAUAUAGGAGAAAUCAACACUAAAAUUAUGGUGACUUUUCACGAGGACUUUUAAGAAAAACAGUUUGCAAACUGAUGUGGAAAUGUGGAGAACUGAACGUAAGAUUAGAAAAAUGGAGAGAAACCAAAAUUAGCAGAUUCUCGUGUUCCUGCUUCUGCAUCUUGUAGUUCAUAUUUUAAUAUACUGUGCCGCAAAGUGUAGGUGAUAGAUGACAUGGCAAAAAUAUAUAUUGCUGUCAAACAAAUCCCAAAUGAACCACUUCUGCCAAACCAUAGGUACAGUUCCAGAGUGUGUAAUGGCAACUAUAGGCUUUUAUCACUUGGGAAGACAGGUGAACUAAUGCCAGUGUACUGGAAGAAGCAAAGAUCACCAGUAUUGAAGCAAUGAUUCUUUAACAUCAACUUCGUUGGAUUGGUCAUGUGCGGAUGCCUGAUUAUCAUCUUCCAAAGCAACUACUCUAUUCCAAAAUUAAAAAUGGAAAGUGUAAUGCUGGUGGUCAACAAAAGAGGUUUAAAGACUCUCUCAAGGCAAAUCUAAAAAAAAUGUAGUAUAAACACCAACAACUGAGAAACACUGGCCUGCAAGCACUCCAGUUGGAGAACAGCUUUUACCAAAGGUGUCAUGGGCUUUGAAGAUGCUCAAACUCAACUCCUGCCCGGAAACCAAUGUCCCCACUGUGGAAGGAUGUGUGGAUCCAGAAUUGGCCUCCACAGUCACUCAUGGACCCACUGUUAAAACCGUGUUUAUGGAAGACAAUCUUACUUGGCUACGAGUGAUUGCCGAAGAAGAAGGCUGCCAUACAGCUUGAUCAGAUUGUCUCCUGAUAAAAGUAUUGUCAAGAAUAUGGGAAAGGAACAAGAAGGGAUAGGUGGUUUUGGGGUUAAGUAAUGGAUUGCAUAUUGAGGCUCCCAGCCUUCAGAAAGUGAAUCAUGAAGUUCUGCUAAAUGGGUGAGUGAGAAUAAGGAAAUGACAGAUUUGCAUGGGGAGGCAAAAAACGAAACAGGAAAUGUUGACUGUGAUGCAGUGAAAUAGUUCCCUUCUCAUUAGUUAAGAGAAAUCUGUGGUGCUACCUUCUACUGUCAAGUUGCUAAAGCCAGUUUUCAAUGGUGAGUUGUGAAGUGGUUUGUUUGUUUGUUUCUUUCUUUCUUUCUUCGGGCAAAAUGAUAUAGAAAUUCUGGUUGAAAACGAGACAUAAACUCCUCUAUUGAAACUGGGAAAUGUUGUAUCACACUAGCAGAAUGGGUAAGUAAAUUCAAUAUCUGAAGGAAGAAGAAUGCAAAUGGAAGGAAACAAUGGAAGUGGUUGUGAAGUUUCACGGCUGUGGUUACUAUUUUUGCCAUGACUGUUUUGUAAGAUUGGUUUGAGAUGACAAGUGGUUGGCAUUGCCUUUAGAGCAGCUAUGUAGCAUUGUUGCAAAAUGCGCUAAAUAUUUGCUCUUAUUUACUCUUUUGACAAUGGAAAUAAUAAUCCAGUAUUAGCUCCAGUAAGAUCAGUAUUAGCCACAAGGGGGCAUGCCAUCGACACAGAAUCAACAUCAGCUCUUGUUUUACUGUUGCUGCUGCAUUCUUAUGGUACUUAUAAAAGUAGUUAUUAGCCAUUCUGUCCUUUGGGUAGCCCCACUAAAAUUUGGCUGGAUAGGAUUGGCUAAGGAGCUAGCUACGUAACAGGUAAAAAUAGACCUCAAUUUCGUGUUCUGUAACAGCGUUAACCUAAACAAAUAUAGUGGUACAUCCUCAGAUGUAUGCUAUGGAAAUGCUUGCUUGUAGCCUCGAGCAGAUUAAGCCUAGUGAGAACAAAUGAUAGUUCUCAGGUAAGCUAUGUCAAGUUAUUAUUCUGAAGCUUAGGACCACAGACCUUGUAUGAUAUUUCCAUUCUUAACUAGUAGCAAAGGUGCAGUAUGCGAUCUUUACUUCAAAGAAUAGACUAUCUGAUUUUACAGAUGGCAUGUCUGUUUUCCUGAACGUGAAAUACUUCAAUGUUUGCUUGGAAGAGGAGCAAGAUGUUACCAAGCAAAAUGUAAUCCUAAGAAGUAGUGAAAUACUGUGAAGAAAUCUGAUUCCUUUAUUAGCUUCAUAAUGAUUAAAGUUACUCUCUUCCACUGUUUUGCUGAGAUACACUUGACUGACUUGGAACCUAUCAUGGUAAAAGUAUUUGGCAAGCUCUACUUGACCUUGUCCAACAUUCUGAAAAAAAAAAGAUGAUUUCUUUUGGUCUUUUCUAGCCAAACACAUAACCAAAUUCAAGAUUUGUACCCCAGUCUUCCAAAACUAGCAACAAAGAAUAGACAAAAAUGUUUGGGGGCUUGAAAAAGAGCUGAGAGUAUAGUGAUUCUCAGCAAUCCUAACCCUGCUGGAUUUGGGAAUGAGAAGCACUUUAACUCAGUUGGACUUACUUUUGAGUUGGCAUGUAUAGGCUUAUAUUUCAUACAUCACAUUGGGACAUAUAUGGGAGGUGAUCAAGUAGUAAUAAUAUAUUCAGGAGAAACUGUAUUGGCUUGUUGCGAACAUUUUUGAGAGUCAUGCUUCUAAGUACAGUGGUACCUUGUGUUACAGACCCUUCAGGUUACAGACUCCGCUAACCCAGAAAUAGUACCUCGGGUUAAGAACUUUGCUUCAGGAUGAGAACAGAACUUGUGCUCCGGUGGCAGUGGGAGGCCCCAUUAGCUAAAGUGCUACCUCAGGUUAAGAACAGUUUCAGGUUAAGAACGGACCUCCAGAAUGAAUUAAAUUCUUAACCCAAGGUACCACUAUAUGUGUGAACAGCAAAAAUGUUACUUCCCACCCUUGCCAGGACCAUAAAACUUUUUUUCCACUUUACAUUUUCAUCAGCUCUUUUUUAGAGCAAGAAGGCAAAAAGGAAAGAAACAAAUUCCUUUGUACAAGCUGCACCACCUUCCAUUCCUAGUGAAAGCACUCCCCUACUCUAUUUGAUACCAAAGGUGUCAAAAAAAUUGCUUACAGGCAGUCAGGUUGAAGGGAUGAUGCAAAGUUUACUAUAUCUGUACAGUCCAAUGGAGAGGGGAUUUGGCAUUUCAGGAAUAAAACGGUGUCUUGGAUGCCCUUUCAGGCUGGCUGUUCACUAGUCCCCAUUCAGCAAGGCUGCGGUAGCCUGAUAACAUUGUCUGUGUUUCCUCAUCCAUUGAGAAAAUUCUGCCAUUGUUUUAGAAGUGUGCCUGAGUGGCUGACUGGUUUUUAUAUGUGUGGAACUAAUGCAUCCUUCUGCUUUUGCUACAAUAGAAAUAUUGCCAUUUCUCCCCCUCCACCAAUCUAUUUAUCUCUGAAUUCUAAACCUUUGAUUAGCUGUUCGACUUUGGACAACUGUCACUGGAGUGUAGAUUGCCAAGAAAAGACGAUGUAUUCGUUAGCCUUUUCAGUAUAGAGGCACAGCUUGCAUUGCACAUGACUCUCUUUAGAGUUCAUAAAUGUAAUUUCCACUGUGAGUGAACAAUGCUUUCUCUUGCAUACUUUUUCUAGUAUUAAACCAUGUCUAGAGAUAAUGCUAGUUGGCCUCAACUGAGCAUGAAGGGAAGGGGGGCUGGAUUUGCUUCCCAGUACAGCAUUGUCCUGUGUCCAGCGGUCCAUCAUCCAUUGAUUGAUAAAGUGUCAUUUCUGGGCAUGGUGCUUUACAAAGUAUAAAAGGAGAGAUCCCUGCCUAGAGGAGCUUACAAUAUGAAAUUCAUUACUGAGGAAGGCAAAGGAUAUAAAGGCAAUGGUAGCUCAAUACUUUUGCUUUACGUGUAUUUAGGCUUUGUUAUUGUAGGAUAAAGGUAAAGGGACCCCUGACCAUUAGGUCCAGUCGUGGACAACUCUGGGGUUGCGGUGCUCAUCUCGCUUUACUGGCCGAGGGAGCCGGCGUACAGCUUCUGGGUCAUGUGGCCAGCAUGACUAAGCCGCUUCUGGCGAACCAGAGCAGUGCACGCACGGAAACGCCGUUUACCUUCCCGCCGGAGUGGUACCUAUUUAUCUACUUGCACUUUUUGGUGUGCUUUUGAACUGCUAGGUUGGCAGGAGCAGGGACCGAGCAACGAGAGCUCACCCCAUUGCAGGGAUUCAAACUGCCGACCUUCUGUUCGGCAAGCCCUAGGCUCAGUGGUUUAGACCACAGUGCCACCUGUGUCCCUUAUUGCAGGAUAGGAGAGCCUUUUUUAAUGCUGAGGUAUGAAGUUAAAUAUACAGUGGGAGGGGGGAACGAAAGGGAAGGUGGCUACAGUGGAUGUCACCUGCGUCUGUUUCUUAGGGUUGGAACCCCAAUCUCAAACACAAAUAAACUGCUGACCAGUCACCAGGCAGACUGACUCCAGCUACAAAAGCAGCUCCUAAUGCUGAAGGAACCAGAUACCAUAUUUGUUGUGAGCCCUGUGAAGACCUGCUUUGCUGGCUUUCAGAUGCCCUGCUUGAAACCAUGGAGUACAGCUGCCAGUCUGUGAAGACAGUACUCACCUAGAGAGUCUUAACUCGUUACAGUUGUGCCUUGGAUCCCGAAUGCCUUGCGAGUCGAAUGCUUUGGAUCCCGAACGCCACAAACACAACAGUGAGUGUUCCAGUUUGCCAGCGUUCUUUGGAACCCAAACUUCCAAGCACAGCUUCUGAUUGGCUGCAGGAGCUUACUGCAGCCAAUUGGAAGCCGUGCCUUGGUUUCCGAAUGUUUUGGAGGUCAGACGGACUUCCAGAAUGGAUUCCGUUCGACUUCUGAGGUACGAACCUGUAUAAGGCAGGUUCUGGUGUGCUAGCAGCUAGAAUGGCUCAGCUAGAUUUUUUCUGGCUUUGCAUCCUCCAAUUCUGGUAGCUGGUCAGAAGGGUGAAAUUCUAAUUGGGGCAGUAGCAUUAUGUCCAGACAGUAAUCCUAGAGAUGUGGCUCCAGUGCAAUACUCAUAUUGCCUGUAAUGUGAGAAACAGCCCUUGGGUAGUUCUUACUGUUGCUACCUUCUAGUUACGCCUUUUCUCCAACAAGCUCUGUCUUGUUAUAGGGAAACAACAAAGCAUGCCCGACUUCCUUCAGCGAUUGUUCUAUCUAAGGCUGGCAUUAGGACGUGGGAGAGAGUAGAGGCUUCAGAGGUCAUCCUGCUCUGAGCUGAUAUGUGUGACUAACAGCCAGUCUGCUGUAAUGCUUGAAAAUCAAUUUAGAACUAGAUGAAAGAAAAGUUCAGCCUGCUUUUGCAGCAGACAGCACUUUUUUGCUGCACGAACUCUGUGUACACUUGGAAGUGCCAUUGAUUUAACUUUGGUCUCUCCAGCUGCAACUGGGUUUACACAGGACGUCUCUGAAAAAGUAAUUCUGCUUCUGCUGAUUGAAAACCCUUUCCUUUCCGGUAUGACUUGUAUAGAUUUCUCCUUUCGAAGUCCUGUUUGGAAUUAACCAGGUACUCUCUGUAAUUGUUGGGCUUGGGGAGAAGGAAAUGAAAGACUGCCAUUUCCCAACCCAUCUGCUUGUGUACUUUCUUGUCUCAGUUGUUGGUGACUGCCUGAGCCCUCAUCAGUCUUUCAUCUCCCUCCUAUGCAAUUAGAAUUGUGUGAUAGAGUGGGGAUGAGUACCUGUAUACCUGAAGGAGUGUCUCCACCCCUAUCAUUCAGCCCGGACACUGAAGUCCAGCACCAAGGGCCUUCUGGUGGUUUCCUCACCGCGAGAAGUGAGGUUACAGGGAACCAGGCAGAGGGCCUUCUCGGUAGUGGCACCCGCCCUGUGGAACGCCCUCCCAUCAGAUGUCAAAGAAAUAAACAACUAUCUGACUUUUAGAAGACAUCUGAAGGCAGCCCUGUUAAUGGAAAUUUUUAAUGUUUGAUGUUUUAUUGUGUUUUAAAUACUCUGUUGGGAGCCACCCAGAGUGGCUGGGGAGGCCUGGCCAGAUGGGUGGGGUAUAAGUAUUGUUGUUGUUGUUGCUGUUGUUGUUGUUAUUGUUAUUUAUUACCUUGGCCCCACCUUCUCUACACCCCCAUUGCUUGUUCCCCUCCAUGCGUUGGCAGACAGGGCCAAUCCAAAACCUGGAAACAAGGACAUCAAUUGUCUAGAGAGGGGCUUUAAAUUGCAGUCCUGGUUGAUCACCACAGAUUUUCCUAUUCCUUCUCUGUCUGCUCUUAACAGGAUGCACUGUCUUGCAGUCCUAACCACAUCUGCGCAGAAUUAAGCCCUGCUAAAUUCAAUGGUGCUCGCUCCCAGAAAGGGGAGUUAUAACCGCAGUCUUAGAAUAUUUUCACAUUACCGGGUACUCCACAUCUUGGUGCUCUCCCGCUUUUAGUUUUUGAAGCCGCAUUCGCAUGGUGUACGAUCUAUUAUCAAUCCUGUAGUUACUCACCAAAUACCAGCUUCAAUCUGAUUAGAAAACUUCAGCUGCAUUUGAUAUGUACUACAGAACGGCGCGUAAAUUUGAGACAGUGGUUGCGCAUGCGCAGAUGAGAGCUUCAUGAAUGGGAGUUGUGGAGGGGCUGCAGGGGUGGGGAAUCUAUCUGACUUUUAGAAGACGCCUGAAGGCAGCCCUUCAGGGAAGUUUUUUAUGUUUGAUAUUUGAUUGUGUUUUUAAUAUUCUGUUGGGAGCGGCCCAGAAUGGCUGGGGCAACCCACUCAGAUGGGCGGCAUGUAAAUAACAAAAUUAUUAUUAUUAUGCAUAUUGGGUAUCCCCACCUGCUCUCCGAUGCGAACAACACUCUGCAAAUGCAGAUUGACACACAGCAGGGGAAAAUGACUUAGUUUCAUAUUAAGCCAACCAUGUGAACAAACCCUUAGUUGUGUUUGUUAAAAUGCAGCGCUUGUAGCCACUUCUGCUUUCUCAGCUGUGAGAAGGAACAGAGACGGGGAAGCACUUAACUUUGAGGUAGAUGUUGCAUAACAUCCCAGAGCUACUAUUGAUGGGAGGGGAGGAUCUAGACAGACUUUACGAAGCCGCAGCAGCGCAUGUUUAAAAUGGUGCUCUAAUCUGAUUUAUUCUAAGGUAACUGGAUGAAAAGAUGGGCAAGAUAACUCGGGUCUUGCUGGCUUUGCUCAGUCUGAGCUUGAGCUUGGAGCUAGUUCACGCUCAGGAGCGAUGGAGUGUGUUCCGAAGAGCUUUUCGGGGAAUAAAGUAUGGAACAUCGUUGGGAGGAGACCCUGGAAAACCGCUGUUUCUAACACCUUACAUUGAAAGUGGCAAAACUGAGGAAGGUAAAAGUGUUAAUCUUGUUAUUUUAAAAUAUGUAAAUAUUUCCACCUGUUCUUCAUUAUCUCCUGUGUAGAAUUCUACACAUAGCAGUAGAAUGCAUUAGUUAAGGGUGGGAAGCAGGUGGUGAUGUGGUCUAAACGACAGAGCCUCUUGGGCUUGCCGAUCGGAAGGUUGGCAUAUCGAAUCCGCGUGAUGGGCUGAACACCCCGCUUUGCUCUGUCCCAGCUUCUGCCAACCAAGUGCAGUUGUACCUUGGUUGUUGAAUGCCUUGGUACUCAGAUGUUUUGGCUCCCAAACUCCGCAACCCCGGAAGUGAGUGUUCCGGGAUGCGAACGUUUUUUGGAAGCCAAACAUCCAACAUGGCUUCCAUGGCUUCCGACUGAGUGCAGGAAGCUACUGCAGCCAAUCAGAAGCCAUGCCUUGGUUUUUGAACUGUUCCGGGAGUCGAACGGACUCCUGGCAUGGAUUAAGUUCAGCAACCAAGGUACCACUGUAGUUCGAAAGCAUACCAGUUCAGGUAGAUAAAUAGGUACCUCUGUGGUGGGAAGGUAAACAGUGUUUACAUGCGCUCUGGUUUCCGUCACGGUGUUCCAUUGUGUACAUCUUCCAUAUGAACUUUUAGUUCAUCUGAAGGCAGCCCUGUAUGGGAAGUUAAUAAUGUUUGAUGUUUUAAUAUGUACUGGAAGCAGCCCAGAGUGGCUUGGGAAACCCAGCCAGAUGAGCAGGGUAUCAAUUUUAAAAUAAUAGUAAUUAUUAUUAUUAUUAUUAUAAUACCCUGUCAUGGGGAUUCGAACCGCUGACCUUCUGAUCGGCAAGCCCUAGGCUCUGUGGUUUAACCCACAGUGCCACCCGUGUCCCUAAUUGAUAGCCUUAACCUCUGUGAAUUUGUCUACUCCAAUUUUAAAAUCACAGCUAAUUUAUUCUUAAUCACAGACUUGGGACCGGAUAAUCCUUAUCGGGAAGGCAGCAUGCAGGGAGGGGAGCCAUUGGAAAAAAUACCCUAUUGGUACAAAUGAUGGUUUUUCUUUCUUUGGGCUUGCACUCAUUUUCUCUUUCCCUUACAUAUGACCAGAAUGCCGACCAAUACAAGCACUUUGUAAUUGUUCGUGAUGCUGAGAGAAGAUGUUAAAUAUAGAGCAAAUCCUCCAUACGCUUAUUAUACUUCGCAAAGCUGCUUAUUAUUUUCGCUUUCUGCGUGUGUCUUGAAAAAACUGGAGUUAAUUCCAAUACAGGAGUUCUUCUAAAAAACUAUUUUACUCAAUGUCACAAAUAAAAAACCAUGUAUCUCCCAUGCAUCUGAACUUCCAGACACUACUUAAAGCGUGUCCUCACUUAGCCAUGAAGUUCACUGGGUGACCUUGGGCCAGUCACCAGAAUAACCUACCUCACAGAGUGGUUGUGAGGAUGAAAUGGGGAGGAAGAGAACCACGUACACCACCUUGAGAUCCUUGAAAGAUAAAGGUGAUAUAUAAAUGUAAGAAAUAAAAUAAAUAAUCAGCCCGUCAGUCUGAUGUUUUUUAUACUUCUCAUUUUUUAUAACAGGAAGGCAAUUAAGUCUGGUAGGCCAUAUUCCAGGACCCAAUGUGAAGAGCUAUUCGGGUUAUCUGACCGUCAACAAGACUCACAACAGUAAUCUUUUUUUCUGGUUCUUCCCUGCUCAGGUGGGUCUGUUGUUUUGAUAUGCUGCCAUAUUAAAGCUUUCAAAGGAAACUUCCAUUUCAACAACGUAGAUAUUGGACAAGAUCUGUGCUAGCUCUGCUGCUUCCCAAAAUGAGUACAGGUUAAUAAUGUUUGGCAUGUAGUACCAGGCUACAUGGGGACACGGGUGGCGUUGUGGUCUAAACCACAAAGCCUCUUGGGCUUGCCAAUCAGAAGGUUGGCGGUUCAAAUGCCCGCAACGGGGUGAGCUCCCAUUGCUUGGUCCCUGCUCCUGCCAACCUAGCAGUUUGAAAGCAGAAGGCAGAACAUAUAGCCAAUUACAAAUGUGAGUUAUGUGCAUCAUCUUGUGAUCAAACACAAGAGAUUAUUGUUUUCCAUGCGCUGCUCUGGUUUGCCAGAAGUGGCUUAGUCAUGCUGGCCACAUGACCUGGAAGCUGUCUGUGGACAAACACUGGCUCCCUCGGCCUAUAGAGCGAGAUGAGUGCACAACCCCAGAGUCAUCUGCGACUGGACCUAAUGGUCAGGGGUACCUUUACCUUUAUGUGGUGUUUAUAAGCAGCCACCACAACAGCCCUGUGGGUGGGGAUAUUGGGAGAUAUAACUACAGUGGUACCUUGGGUUACAUACGCUUCAGGUUACAGACUCCGCUAACCCAGAAAUAGUACCUCGGGUGAAGAACUUUGCUCCAGGAUGAGAACAGAAAUCGUGCUCUGGCGGCGCAGCGGCAGCAGGAGGCCCCAUUAGCUAAAGUGGUGCUUCAGGUUAAGAACCGUUUCAUGUUAAGAACGGACCUCCGGAACGAAUUAAGUACUUAACCCGAGAUACCACUGUAGUUAUGUGGCUGUAUGUUUCGUACGUGGGAGUAAAGUGUUCAGAGCACAUUUUGGACCAAUAGGCAAAAUGUAUGCUGUGAAAUGAAAUUGACAUGGAGAGUACAUUGGUCAGUGAGUCCAUGCUAGAUUGGAACUGGAAUCUACCAAACCCUGAUCUAAUAUCCUAUUCACAUUUGCUUUGAAAAGUUUCUGUAAUUGACUGCCAUUAUCGGCAAACCUAGACUUUUCCCUUUUGAAACAAAAUGUUUCCCGCUUUGACACAGUUUUUCUAGCAGUUAUCUGACUAUUUUUUUUUUAAGUCAGCUUUCAAAUUCUGGACUCUCUCUUUGCUCCCAGUACUAAUGACCUAGCUUUUCAUUUUUCAUUAGAAUAUGUAGGAGAGUUGAUUUAAUUAUUUGUAAAUGAACAAAAAGCGAUUAAAUGAAAUAGAUAAUAUAAGAGUCCUCAGUUAGACUUGAGAGAGCUCUCUGAAUAAAGUGAAGAGCUGAAUUUAGAACCUGUUGCUCAUGAAGAUUUGCAUUGCUUGAUUCCUUGUGCCAUUAAUUCACACUGGCAUAAUGUGGUUCCAGAAAGGAAUGAGUUGAAUGAAACAUAUUUUUUGCACAGGUGGUUGCCAGAGAAACAAGUGAGCGAUAAGAAGAAUUCCAAAAUCUAUAUUAGGUCAAUAACUUUUAUAAGGACAACCAAAAUACUGCAAGUGUAGACGGUUCCAACUUUUUCUUAGUACUUUCUGUUUAGGAGAUGGGGGAACUGACAUGUUUAAAGGAGUUGGCAGUUUAGCCCAGAUGUCUCUAAAAUGAGUGAGAUUUGAGACCACUUUAGAAAGAACAGCGGAUGAGUUUUCAGAACGUUUUACAGGCAAAGACCUAAAACAACAUCCUAGUGGCUUUUUCUGAAGAGAUUUGAGCUUGCAGUAUAAAACUGUGAUAUCUCAAAACAACUUGCUUAAGUUGACACAAUGUUGAGAAGUUUAUGCCAAUAAGUCCCAUUAGUUUUAUAUUUUUUAAGUGUGAAUGUAAUUUAUUUAUGGUUCACUGACCAUGAAUUAUUUCAAAAAGUGUUUCUUAGCAGGAUGCAAAUUCUGAAGGCUCUUGGAUGAAGUGGAAAAAUAGGCUUUGCAUAAGGACAUCAACACUGCUUCAGUUUAAAGAUAUACUGUUCUGUUAGAAAUGCAAUAUUAUUAAUCCCAGAUGCUAUGAGCAGCAGAUUUGUUUCUGUGUUUAAUACUUCUGUUGUAAUCCUGGGCUCAUUACAUAAAUAGCAUAGUCCAUCUUGUACAACUUAUGCCAGAGAGGAAAAACAAUUGGCAGCAGUAAAUGUUUUAUUUAGAAGAGACCCUGAAUGGCUUUUCACAACCGAUUUUGCUGGCCAAUCUCAUUUGUCAGCACUAAUAAAUAAAUAAUAUUGCGGAAAAGAGUGAGUGUUGUGAUAAAAGGGAGUGAAGCAGAAGAGUUUCAAGCUGGUUAAACUUCCAUUACUUGGUCUUCAAAAUGAGAGAUGCACAGAUGUUCACACAGAGUGCAAUAAUGAUUGCUCUAGGUCUUUACCCUGUCACGCUGAAUUUCUGUGAGGGGGGAGUUGUAUCUCGCUCUUUCUCUUUUAUGGCGGGCGGGCUAUCCCAUGUUGGAGUUUCCUCCAUCUUUUGUUCUGUGCAGUCCAGCCCCAUAUAAUUAUAUUGUGGCCUUGCUCACUAUGACACAGUGGGAAUCGGCAAGCUUUCGGGUACCCAGAAGGAAAAUCAUGGCCCUUUUGCUCCUUACCUGGACCUGUUGCUGCCAUGCUGCCCAGAUCAAAGCCAUGGAUUGGCUUCAUAUUGUCUUAGUCCCAACAAACCGUAGCCAACCUUUGUUCGUGACUUACCAUUCAUGGUUUCCCUGAGGGAAACAGACCACGAGUGCAGAUUCACACAUAACACUGAGCCAAACUAUGGCUUAGCUCUGGGUAGCAUGGCAUUAGGAGGAGCGAAGAAGGACUGAAAUUGUAGCAUUUUCCCUUCUGGAGGCACAGAAGCUUGCUCUUUCUUGCUUCACCAUGGUUUGGCUUAAUGCUAUGUGAAAACGAGGCCUGUGUUCAUAUGAUCCCAUUUGCUUUACUUCCUCUGUUUAAAGUCUGAAAAUUUCUUUUCACUGUGCAUGCAAGAUACUAGGACUGUAGAGACAUGGCUUACCAAGCGCGUGGUCACUCAGAGCAUGUGGAAAGGUCUUGUGUUAGUUAUAAAAUUAACUACUGUAUUUUUCUGUGUGUAAGACGAUAUUUUUUCCCAAAUUUAAGUUUAAAAUUGGGGGUCGUCUUAUACACAGAAUGUUGCAAUUAAAUAUACAACAACAACAAUCUUUAUUACGGUCCAGAGACCCAACAAAUCGUUACAAAGCAAUACACAAUUCAAUAUAUAAAUAAAUACAUGCCGCCUUCCAUAUUCUUUCCCCCCAGCCUCCGCUCACUAUUGGCUAUAUAUAUUUUGUUGUUUAGUCGUCUAGUCGUGUCCGACUCUUCGUGACUCCAUGGACCAGAGCACGCCAGGCACUCCUGUCUUCCACUGCCUCCCUCUAUACACACACACACACACUAAAUAUAUCAGUAAAGUUGUUCUGUUUGAUGUUUAUAUAUACGGUACUAAAUAUAUCGGUGUUUUGAAUAUUUAAUCAAAUAUCAGAGUUGUUGUGUUUGGUGUUUAAAAUAUUAAUUUCUUAAUUUUGGGCUCAAAAAAUAGGGGUCGUCUUAUACAUGGGGGCGUCUUAUACACGGAAAAAUACGGUACUUAUAAAGAAAGUGUUGGCAUUUAUUUCUCACAGUCUACCGAAAUAAUUCAUGCAUUCUGUAAAUUUAUGUGGGAAUAGCUCCAAUUUUUAUUGUCCUUCUGGUCUGCAGGUACAAGCCGAAAAAGCCCCUAUCCUACUUUGGCUGCAAGGUGGACCUGGAGGAACAUCCAUGUUUGGCCUUUUUGUGGAACACGGACCGUAUGUUGUCAACAAGAAUCUCACAUGCAAGUGUUGUUUAUUUCUAUGUUGAAGGCUUCCAGCGAGAUGUUACUAUCAUUACAGUUUUAACAUUAAAAAAAUGUAACCUGUUCCCUUAUGGGUAUGGAAUUUGCAUCUGUACUCUUUAUGCUGCUGAGCAAAUUAGCAUGUCUUGCUGUAGCAGUUUGGGAAAGAAUGAUAUUUGAUCAUUAAUGGUAUGAAAUAGAAGUACCUUUUUUUUAAAAAAAAAAAAUUUCCCCUCCCCCAAACUAAAAAUGCAUUUGAAAUACAUUUCCUAUAUUAUCAGUGACAGGUUACGGGUUGUUAUAAUAUUAGUUCACAGACUUAAAAUAAUAUAGAAAUAUGUUUUAAUAAAUAAAUUUUGCUCCUAAGGUGACAUCCGUGUUAUAGGAGAAUGUGCACUUUUUCCCCAAAAAGUGCUGGGAGGAAAAUGGAUAAAUAAACUGAGAGAGAUUCCCAGUCUUACCAUUCACAGAAUCAUGGAGUUGGAAGGGGCCAAUGCAGGAAUCUUUUGCCCUGCAUGGGGCUUGAACCCACAACUCUAAAAGUCUCAUGCUGUAUUGACUGAGCUAUCCAGUUACAGUACAAUCCUGAGUCCGUGGUGUAUGAAGCUGGCACUUGGCUGCAUAAAAUCAUAAUUUGAUUUAUAAUAUUUUUACAUCAACUUAGGGCUAAAGCAUUCUCAAGGAUAGCUUGCAAUAUAAAAUAGGAUACAGAAAAAUGAUUCAAAUAAUCCACCAAUAAACUAUAAAGCAGCCUAAACAUGUUUUAAUCCAUCAAAAAUAAAUGGCCUUUAGGUUUUGGAAAUGUUUUCAUCACACCAUUCUCCAACCUGGUAUGUGACUGAUUAUACUCGGUUUAAAAAAUACCUUUAAAAUUCUCACCACAAGUGAUAUGCAUUGCUUUUUACAAUUACGCUAGGUGCUAACAUCUGUCUGAAGUACUUAGGUUUAGUUUUUUGUUUUUCUGUCUUGGUAGGAAAUGCAGAACCAUAUGAAAAUAUUGUAAAAUAGCCAAUGCCAUGUUUAAUAGCCUAAAACAAAUAAUAGCAUUUCUGUAAACAUUGAAAUAUUGAAUCCAUCCAGCAUGUUAACAAUGCAACCUUCUCAUUGCUGCGUCUUGUGAUAUAAAAUGAGCAAAAGAUGAAUUCACUACAGUAAUGUGCACCGAAAUAAUAUCAGUGACAAAGUCUGGCCCGAUAAAUCCAUUUUUAAUAUAUACCUUAAUCACAGCAGACAUAUACCUUAAUGGGAUGAAAAAAGUAAUAGCAUAUAAUGAUAUUUCAGUUGGCAACUUAAUGCUAUACAAGCUUGUGAAAGGCUUCAUAGUUUUCUUUUUUUUUUUUUUUUUUUUUUUUAAAGCAAUUUAUUGGGUUUUACAAUAAGAAUAAAUGUAAUAAACAAUAUAGCAUUCGUCUUAACAUAUUUUCACAUUUUCUUUGGACUUCCUCACAUCUCCCGCUCCCACCUUCAUCAUUAUAACAUUUUGUCAGCAAUUUAUCAUCUUAUUUAAAUUCUUAUAUCUCUUCGAUAUUUCAUAAUCUUAAAGUUCUCAUAAAGAGUUAAACUUUCACAAUUUUUCUUGUUUCCUUAAAAAUUUCUAAGUUAAGUGGUGCUCAGUUAUUUAGUCCAGCAUCUUAUUCAGCAUUCAAUCAAAUCACAAUGUUUUUGUAGGUAGUUCUUAAAUUUCUUCCAAUCCUCCUCGAUUCUCUCUUCUCCCAGGUCACGGAUUCUGCCAGUCAUUUCAGCCAGUUGCAUAUAGUCUAUCAGUUGCAUCUGCCAUUCUUCCAGUGUGGGUAGAUCUUGGGUUUUCCAAUGUUUUGCGAGUAGUAUCCUUGCUGCUGUUGUUGCAUACAUAAAAAUGUCUGGUCCUUCUUUGCCACCCCUUGGCUGACAAUACCCAAAAGGAAAGCCUCUGGUUUCUUAGUGAAAGUAUAUUUAAAUACCUUUUCAAUUCAUUAUAAAUCAUUUCCCAGAACGCCUUCACUUUAGGGCAUGUCCACCAGAGGUGAAAGAACGUUCCUUCACACUCUUUGCAUUUCCAGCACUUGUUAUCAGACAGGUGGUAAAUUUUUGCGAGUUUGACUGGGGUCAUAUACCAUCUAUAAAUCAUUUUCAUUACAUUUUCUUUCAAAGCAUUACAUGCAGUAAAUUUCAAUCCAUUACUCCACAGCCUUUCCCAGUCCUCAAACAUAAUAUUAUACCCAAUAUCCUGUGCCCACCUUAUCAUAGCCGAUUUAACCAUUUCAUCUUGUGUAUUCCAUUCCAACAGCAAGUUAUACAUCCUUGAAAGUAUCUUAGUCUUUGGUUCUAACAAUUCUGUUUCUAGUUUCGAUUUCUCCACCUGGAACCCUAGUUUCUUAUCACUUUUAAAAACUUCUUUAAUCUGAGCAUAGUGUAACCAAUCUCGCACUUUGUCUUUCAUUUUCUCCAAGCUCUGCAAUUUCCAAUUGUCUCCAUCUUUUCUAGUAUUUCCCAAUAUUUUGGCCAUUUGGCCUCCAUAUUGGGUCUUUUCGGGCCUUAGCUUCCAAAGGUGAAAGCCACCUUGGUGUUUUAUUUUCCAGCAAGUCUUUAUAUUUUGUCCAGACAUUAAACAGUGAUUUUCUAACAAUAUGGUUCUUAAAGGCCUUAUUUGCUUUAACUUUGUCAUACCAUAAAUAUGCAUGCCAUCCAAAAACAUUGUUAAACCCCUCCAAAUCUAACACAUCAGUGUCUUCAAGAAGUAGCCAGUCUUUUAGCCAGCAGAACGCUGCGGCUUCAUAGUACAACUUUAAGUCCGGCAGGGCAAAGCCCCUCUUUGUUUUGCAUCGGUUAGUAUCUUAAACUUAAUUCUGGGCUUUUGCCCUGCCAGACAAACUUCGAAAUGUCUCUCUGCCACUUCUGAAAGCACCCCAUUUUGUCCAAUACCUGCAGUGUUUGAAAUAAAAACAACAUUCUUGGCAAUACAUUCAUCUUAAUCGCAGCAAUUCGGCCUAACAAAGAAAGUUUCAAUUUUGACCAACUGUCUAAGUCUCUCUUAAUUUCUGUCCAACAUUUUUCAUAAUUAUCCUUAAAUAGACUUAGAUUUUUGCUGUUAUGUUUACCCCUAGGUAUUUUACUUUUUAACCACAUUAAGUUCCGUCUCAUUCUGAAACCGUUCUGACUCUGUCUCAGUCAGAUUUUUCCCCAAAACCUUAGUUUUCUGUUUGUUUAAUUUAAAUCCCGCCACCCGACCAAAAUCAUUAAUCAAUUGUAAUACUCUUUUCGUACUAGGCUCUGGCUUCUGCAAGGUCAAAACCAGGUCAUCUGCAAAAGCUUUUAAUUUAUAUUGUUUCUGACCAACCUGAAUUCCUUCCACCAGCUGGUCCCCUCUGAUCAUGUUCAAUAGCACCUCCAGGACCGAGAUAAAUAACAAAGGGGAAAUAGGGCAACCUUGUCGUGUCCCUUUUUCAAUUUUGAACUCUUCUGUAACCACAUUAUUAACUAUCAGUUUUGCUUUCUGUUCUGAAUAUAUCGCCUCAAUCCCAUUCUCAAAACCCCGUCCCACUCCCAUCUCUUUUAAGUUUCCCAUCAUAAAUUUCCAAGAAAUGUUAUCAAAGGCCUUCUCCGCAUCUAUAAAAAUUAAAACAGCUUUUGUAUUUAUGUCAGUUUGGAGAAGUUCCAAAAUAUCAAUAAUGUUCCUUGUGUUAGCAAACAAAUGUCUACCUGGGAGAAAACCGGCCUGGUCCUUGUGAAUUACUUCAUUUAAAACUUUUUUAAAUCUACUUGCCAAAAUAUCUGCAAAUAUUUUGUAAUCCACAUUUAAAAGGGAGAUGGGACGGUAGUUCUUCAGUUGUGUCUUUUCAGUUUCUGACUUUGGUAUCAAUGUGAUAAACGCUUCCUUCCACGAAUCCGGUGCCCUCUUCCCCUCCAUAAUUUCAUUGCUAACCUCCAUCAAAGGUUGUAUCAAAUAGUCUUUUAGUGUCUUGUAAUACUUGGAGGUCAGCCCGUCUGGCCCUGGAGAUUUGCCAAGUUGCAUGUUCUGAAUAGCUUGUUCAAUCUCCUGUCGUGUUAUUUUAGAGUUCAGGAUUGUCCUAUUUUCUUGUGACAGUUUAGAUAAUCCAUUUUUGCCAAAAAUUGUUUAAUCUCAACUUCGUCUUGCGGCCCUUGGGUAUAUAAUUUUUAAAAUAUCUCUGGAAACACUUUCUAAUGUCCACUGGAUUCUGAAUGUUUCUUCCAUCAACCUCUAAAUUUGUAACUGUGUUUAAUCUUUGUCUUCUCUUCAACUGCCAGGAUAGCAGUUUUCCACAUUUAUUCGCCGACUCAAACGUUUUUUGUUUCAUUAAUUUGAUCUUCCAUUCAAUUUCCUGAUUUAUCAAUUUAGAAUACUGUGUUUGAUACAGUUUAAUUUCUCUCAGAGUUGGCUGUGACUUUGGAUUCACUCUUAAUUUCUUCUCUAAUUCUUUUAUUUUAUCCAAAAUCUUGUCUUUUUUCUCAUUUUGUGUUUUUUUCUUUACUACAUUCUGUUGUAUCAGGAAUCCCCUCAUGACAGCUUUGCUUGCGUCCCAGACGAUUCUUUUUCCACCGAAUUGUUCAUAUUUAUCUCAAAGUAAUCUUUCAAAACUUUUUGGGCCUUCUUGGUAAUUUCCUGAUCUCUAAACAAAUUGUCAUUCAUCUUCCAUCUAAAGGAUCCAGUUGGUAGUAGUGUCAUGUCCAUCUUUACUGCGUUGUGGUCAGAACAGGUCUUUGGGCAGAUUUCCACUUUUCUAACCCUAGGUGCCAGGCCUCUAGAGAUCCAUAUUUGGUCGAUUCUUGUCCAGGUCAGUUGGGCUUCAGAAAAGAAUGUUCCUUCUCUACCUAGUGGGUUUUUUGUUCUCCAAAUGUCGAUCAAGUCCAUAUUGUCAGUCAUUUCAAAAAAGGUUUUAGGUAGUCUGCCAUCUUUUGUGAUGUUUUGACUUUGCGACUUGUCCAUGUUAGUUGACACGACCCCGUUCAUGUCUCCCAUCAUUAUGAUGUUGUUGUAAUCCAGAUGAUCCAGCAUUGUCUCCUGCAACUUCUUGUAAAAUUCCGAUUUCCCUUCAUUAGGCGCAUAGAUUCCUACUAUCAGCAGUUUCUCUCCUUGAUAUUGUAUCUCAAUAGCCAAAAUCCUUCCAUGUUCAUCUUUAAAUAGAAAUUUAGGUGACAGGCUCUCUUUUGCAUAUAUCACCACUCCUCUCUUCUUCACUUUAUCCGACGAAAUAAAUUCCUGGCCCAGUCUUUUAUUUAUUAACACUUUUCUGUGGAGCCUCGUCACAUGUGUUUCUUGUAAGCAAAUAAUGUCCAAUUGUUCUUUUUUUAAUAUAUGAAAAAUUUUCUUCCUUUUCUCCGGAAUAUUGCCACCAUUAAUAUUCCAGCUCAACAGUUGCAGAGACAUCCUGGAUCUAUCUGGUUAUUUCUCCUGGGGUGGUGUCUUCUCUUGAUCUUCAAGUUCCCGAGGUGGAGGUAUUGAUGCUGGCUUUGCCUCAGGCCCGGAAGGUAGUUCAAUUCCUUUAUGUAGGUCCUCUCCGUGUGUAGCCAGAAAUUUAUCUCUCUCUUCCAAUGUUCUAAUUUUAACCUUUCUCGCUCUAAAGGUAAAAGAUAAUCCUUGGGGAAAAUCCCACCUGAAUGGAAUUGCGUUGCUCCUUAAUAGUUUAGCUAGUUCGGAAUAGGCGGCUCUAAGGUCCAACAGUUGUCUUGGGAUAUCUUUAUAUAUCUCAAUUCUUCUAUCCAAAACUUCCAGUGACUUUUCGUAAUGUAGGCCCAAAAUCUUAUCCCUUUCCUCCUUCGAUCUCAAUGUAAUCAAACAAUCCCUGGGCCUCUCCUUCUUUAUAAAUCUUCCAAGUCUAAAAGCUGACACAAUUUUAAAGUCCUUUUCUUCCAAAUUCCAGAACUUGGAAAGUUCUUUGGUCAAAAACUCAGUUAGAUUUCCUUCUUCUGCCUCUUGUAAUGAUCUAAUCCUCAAGUUAUUCUCACGAUUUCGCAGUUCUAUCAUAGAAAGAUAAAUCUGAUGUUCCCCAACUUGUUUAGUGAGUGGUCUUACCUCUUGCUCUAAAUUUUCCAAUUUUUGUCUGGUAUCCUCAGCCAAUUUUCGAUUUUCUACUGAGGCCUCCGUCAACUGUCCAAUUGCUUGUGUAUUCUGUCCCACCUGUGUAGUUAAUUUGUUUAGACAAUCUGUAUUUUUAUCAAUCUUUGCUGAUUGCGCAUCUACUUUCUUGUCCAAAGCUUCCAAUUUUUCAAAGAUUUUUCUAGCACAGAAGCAGAUGCUCCUGAGGCCAUAUCUUCCAAUUGUAACUGCUCUACUUCACCCUCUCCCUCUUUUGCCUGUGGCAAGGCAGCUUCUUCAAGUUGUACUUCUGAGGGCAAAGUAGGCACAGAUGAUCUACGUGUCUGCGAGGCUGAGGUUAGAUUUGUUAGAAUUGUUUGUCUAACUCUUCCUCUUCUUCUUGUACCACUCAUUCCAAUGUUAUCUAUCAGUCAAGGUCACACUGAGUUUUUCCCACAGGAAUAGAGAGGCCCAGAGCAAGCAGACAACAAGAGAAUCGAAAGUAAAUGUUUUUAUAAAGUCACUGUUUUAAUCCAAUCCUCUAGAGGGAGCUUAAAAUGUCUUUUCAGAGUCUGAUUUAAUGUCCCAGAACCUUCCAAUAUAAGUAUUAAGCAGAGUUUAAAGGUAAUCACUUUGUUGCAGACAGUGCUUAUUUAUCUCCAAAAAGAAUGUUUCAAAUUUAAAAGGUCUCAAUGCCCUCAAAUUGUUGCAACUUCUAGUAUACAGUAUCCAAGUCAAACACUGACAGCCCACUGUUACAGUGCUCAAGCAAUCCUGACUCUGGAUUUCGCCUUCCAAUUUGUAAUCCAAUAAAAGGGGGAAAGUCAAGUGCAAAUAAAAGGUCCAAAUCUUUAACUUGCUAAUUUUACUUUAAAUUGUAAGUUCCAUAGAUGCUUGGCUGUGUAGAGUUUAAAAUCUCUUUCUUUCAGCCUCCACUCCUCCACCUUAGUUGCUUUUUUUUUCCCAAGUUCAAUGGCAGCGGAAGACGGACUUCCUGUUUCCACGUCUCUCCGCUUUCAGCCAAAUUCAAGUCAAUUUAAACCUUCUCAUUAAAAUUUGUAAUUCCAAGUGAUUCAGUCUUUACUCACAAGUAGUUGUUUUCUUCCACGUCCGAAUUUUAACAGGAAAAGGGAUCAGCGCUCACCGGCAGCAGCAGCGCGGCUUCACUCCGCUGACUGUGAAACGGCUCACAGCGCCGCAGCCCCCCUCCACGCUCCGGAGCCUCUUACGAGGCUCCUUCUGCAGUUGGAGGGCUGCUCUUGGCGCCAGCCGAGCCUCAUGACCCCAGGCUCUUGCUGCCUGGGGUUUUUCUCGCUGGGUCUCCGCUUCGCCGUAGCGGACGACCCGAUUUCAGCGGAGCUUCUUCUCCGGUCGGGAGAAGACCGCCAUUACCGUUCGCGCCGCCCCCGGAAGUCUCGGCUUCAUAGUUUUCUUCUGUGGUCUCAAAAUGUUGAAUAGUGGACCCUACAGUUCAAGCACACCUUGAUUAUUGACUUAUUGGGUAACUUUGGCAUGUUAGCCUACAAUCCACCUGGGAGCAAGCCCUGCUAAGUUCAGUAGGACCUGACUGCUGAGUAGAUAUACUGUAUUUUUCGCUCCAUAAGACACACUUUUUCCCUCCUAAAAAGUAAGGGGAAAUGUGUGUGCGUCUUAUGGAGUGAAUGCAGGGGGAGGCAGGCAGGAAAAGCCCCCAAGAGCCGCACACAAGCUCUGUUUGGCUCUUGGGGGCUUUUCCUGCCUGCCAGUCAGUCCCUUCUCCCUCCUUGUAGAAAAGCCCGCAGGAGCUGCGUGCUCCUUAAAGGGUGCGUGGCUCCUGUGGGCUUUUGCGGGAGGUGGGGGAAUUGCCAUAGCCGCGUGCAGCCUCUCCUGGCUGGAUCCCGCUCACUGUCUUGGCUUCUUUGCUCUUUGGGGCUGGGGGGGGGGACUGGGGCUUCCCCCGGCAGCCCCGAGAAGCCUGUCCGGUGUUCUUUGGGGCUGGGGGGGGAAAUAAUAUUUCCCCCCUUGAUUUCCCCCUCUAAAAACUAGGUGCAUCUUAUGGUCCGGUGCGCCUUAUGGAGCAAAAAAUAUGGUAGUUAGACUGAUGCUAAUGAUUCAAGCUGUAGACACUCGACUCUCAUUUUCUUCCGUGUUGAUAGUGUCUGAACGAAAAUUUCCUUGGACCUCCAGGUUUUCCAUGCUCUACAUUGACAAUCCGGUAAGUGAACAACGGAAAAGCUUCAUGUUGCGUAUCUAAAUGUGUCUGUUGAGAAAAAAAAACUUUUCUUCACAGCAACAAUUGCCUUAACCCUUAUGUUCUUGCAUCUUAAAACGUUGUAAUUUUAUCUGUUACAUGUAAGGAUAGUCACUUUGUCAACAGCCCUUUUUUCCUCAACGUGGUAUGGCAUUUAAGAAGGAUCUCGUGUAGGGGAAACAUGGCUAGACAAAAUCUUUGGGCAGCUGCCAGGGCUAACGACUGAUGCGGACCCUAUGGACCCACCAUGCUAGGUGCCUGGGGCUGCCUCUCAGCAGAUAUUUUUAUUAUUAUUUCCAGUGCCCCACAAUGUGGGGUUCUACCAGUGAAGGAGGGGUCCCUUCAGAUCUGGAACUAGGUCUGUGCUGGCUCUCUACUAACUAUGUGGUGGGCUCAGGUCCAAACUAGUCAUGACCCACAAUAUACUUCCUCUGGCUCUUUAGGUUUUAAUCAAGCUGAAGCUGAAUUUGGGCAGACUGAAGGGACGAGACUGGCUAACCCUUUCGCGCACUGACAGUUUCCCUGUUCAAAAUCCCUCUCAGUUAAGGGGGAAAGUUAUAGGAGUGAAGGUCUGAGUGGAAAACACUGCUGAUUGGGAUGUAUAAUUCCACCCUUCCAUUUUUGUGUGUGUGUGAUCCUGUGUGUGAUUUUAAUUCAGCAGCAGCACUCUGAAUUCUCUCUUCGCCUCUUUGUGGUGACUCUGGAAUAUAUUUACUUACAAUUGAAGGUUGCCUGAGAACUUGGUAGAUAAAUUCCUAACAGUCACCAGAAAGCUUAUUUUAAACAAAGGUUGAAAUAUAUGUCCCCCUUCCUUUAUUGACAGGAAAAAUUUGGAACUAUUUCUGUGUGCCUUGAUUUGAAAUGUGGCAUGUCGCUGAAUUUUCUCACAUCUUGAACACUGUGCUAGAAUAAUCCUAACUAUGCUAGAAUAACGAAAAUGAGUCUUAUUAAAGGAAGGUUCACAAGCUGCAUGUCUGGAGGAAUCCAGAUCUUCUAAUGGACUAAUUGCAAAAACAGGUUUUAAAACUCCAUUUGCAACUGUAGGAGAAACCAUAUACCUAACAGAAUAUCAUUUUGCUUGAUGUCAAAAACAGCAGCGAAAAACUGGAAGAUAAUUGUUCCACAUAUAUUUUAUAUUCUCUUUUGCUUUCAGGUUGGAACUGGCUUCAGUUUCACAGAUGAUGACGCAGGUUAUGCAGUGAAUGAAGAUGAUGUAGGAAGAGAUUUGUAUAGGUAAAUCAGCCGAUACAAGUUGCAUUUUCUUCUGCUAAGCUUUUGAAAUGCACCAGAAAAGUCAGCGCUUGCUGACACCUUCUGGAGAACUUUCGAAAUAUUUAUAUAGUAAAAUGUUCUUUAUCCCCGUCUCAUUUUAAGGAAAUGAUUAUGUAAGCAUUGGGUGAGAUCCUAGACUCGUAGAAUUGUAGAGUUGGAAGGGAUCACAUGAGUCAUCAAGUCCAGGAAUCUUUUGCCCAACAUGGGGCUGAUCCAAUGUUACUCAUACUCAGAGUAGGCCUUGGAAAUUGAUGGAUUUAAUUACCGUAACAUCAGUCCAUUGAUUUCAGUGGGUCUUCUCUGAGUAUGGUUUAGUUCAGGGGUCAGCAAACUUUUUCAGCAGAGGGCUGGUCCACUGUCCCUCAGACCUUGUCGGGGGCCGGACUAUAUUUUUUUUUGGGGGGGGGGAAUGAACAAAUUCCUAUGUCCCACAAAUAACCCAGAGAUGCAAUUCAAAUAAAAGGACACAUUCUACUCAUAUAAAAACAUGUUGAUUCCCAGACUGUCUGUGGGCCGGAUUUAGAUGGUGAUUGGGCCAGAUCUGGCCCCCGGGCUUUAGUCUGCCUACCCAUGAUUUAGUUGGAUAUUGCCCUUGGCAUCCGGACUUAACAGAAUGGUGUGUGCAUGUUUUCAGAUGCAGAGAAUAGCACAGUAGAGAGCUUUUAAACAUCCCUUUCCAGACAGUGGUUUUGUUAAGUAAUAUAUGUGCAGUUUUCCCUCAUUCUUGAGACAUCAGGCAAUACAUCUGUCUGAUUUCAUCUGCCUCUUUAUAGAUUCCCCGGUUUUUUUUAAUUCAUCCCUCUCCUCUCCUUACAGUCUAGAUGGUUGUGUGGGAAAGGUGAGGUCACUCUGAAUAAGAAUGAUGCUUGGUGACAGAGACAGCAGAAAUGCAGACUCUGUCUUCCUUCAAGGUGGAAAAUUGGGGUUUCAUGGCCCAAGCAGAAAUGAUGUCACGUGUCUUCCUGCUUGUCUCCUCCCCAAGAACUUGUACAUAUUGCAGCAGAAAAUGUCUCUGUUUAAGCACUGUAUCUGCAAGGAGCAUUUUAAAAAGUGUGCUGAGACUUCUGCAUAUUUGUUAAUUAAUAUUACAGUGGUACCUCGGGUUAAGUACUUAAUUCGUUCCGGAGGUCCGUACUUAACCUGAAACUGUUCUUAACCUGAAGCACCACUUUAGCUAAUGGGGCCUCCCGCUGCUGCCGCGGCCUAAUUUCUGUUCUCAUCCUGAAGCAAAGUUCUUAACCUGAAGCACUAUUUCUGGGUUAGCGGAGUCUGUAACCUGAAGCGUAUGUAACCUGAGGUACCACUGUACUGUGAAAUAGAUUGUGUGUGUUGGGAUGAGAUUAAUGCUGUGACACUUCUCUGUAGUUCAAUUUUUGAGACAAAAUGUAUUUUGCGGCUGAAGGAUAAUGUCACACUUGCCUGUGACCAUAUUUUCACGAGCGAAUGUCACCCUGCUUCUGUUGAGGUGCAGCUGCCGAAUAAGUUAGCAAGCUUUCAUUUUCAUCACUAUGACAUUUGACUACAACCUUUCUUAGUGCAGAUAUUUUUACCUGUACUUCGUCUGUUAUUUCAGUGCCCUCAUCCAGUUUUUCCAGCUCUUUCCUGAUUAUCAGAAAAAUGACUUCUACGCAACAGGAGAAGUAAGUUCAGAUAACUUUUAAUUCUUGAACUGUGUAACUUGUGAACAUGAAGAUCGUCGAAGAGAAAUUAAGGAACUUUUUGUGGACCUGUCCCCCCCCCCCGCCCAGUUGGAUUUAAUUUUAAAUUACAUUUCCUAGUUACAGGCACAUCUAUCAACAUACUUUGAACAACAGUAUGUUUUAUAAUUAGUAAAAUAAUGAAAAAUAAUAUCUAUAAAACAGCCAGCAGGGGGAGCAGAAAGGACCAGAACAGUCCCUUCCAGAUUAAAAAAUGUGUUGUUACCUAGCGAUUCCCUUUCCCAGCCCAAAAGUACAUUUUCUGGUAGAUAACUUUGGCCUCAGCAUUUAGUCUGGCAGUGUUUCUUUUAAAAAUUAAGAGCUUAGGUAUUUCUAGAGGAGCUUUCCCCAUUGAUCCUUGCUUUGCUCCUGAAAUUGAUUUCAAAACCUAUCCUCCCCCCAAGAGAGAGAAGGGAACCUCUUUGGUAUUGCAACUACAGUGGUGCCUCGCAAGACGAAAUUAAUCCGUUCCGCGAGUCUCUUCGUCUUGCGGUUUUUUCGUCUUGCGAAGCACGGCUAUUAGCGGCUUAGCGGCUAUUAACGGCUUAGCGGCUUUAAGAAAAAGGAAACACACUCGCAAGAACUCGCAAGACGUUUCGUCUUGCGGAACGACUCAAAAAUCGCUAAACCCUUUCAUCUAGCGAGUUUUUCGUCUUGCGAGGCAUUCGUCUUGCGGGGCACCACUGUAAAAGCUAUCUGUUGCUCACUGCCUCUAACAACUUAAGCAGAGCCACUCUUUCUUUGAUACUAACUGCUAAAACGUGUGACAUUCUAGUCAAGAGAUACUGCUUUCAUUACAGCUUUGUUCUACAAGUCUCCUUUGUCUCUGAAGAUGUAGAUCCCAUCUUGAUUUUUCUGGCAAAGAAAGCUUCUUUAAUUUUUUGCUAACAGAGAUACUUGUCUAGGAAAGAAAUCUGCAGUGUGGGGUGGGAGAAAAGAGAGUCGGAUUUCAUUGUGCCUUUUGCCUGUGGAGACUAGGGAUCACCUUCUUGGUUUCACAUCAUAAAAAGCCUCCUAAGAAAGGAAAGAUGGAAGAGGCUUGAAACAAACAGUUGCCGCGCAGCCUCGUGACGGGUGAAAGGUCAGCUCUUCAUUGGCAGAAAUUGAGACAAAAGGCCUGAAUGCCUAAAGAGGCUGAGAGUAUUAGUAUAUGCUCCUUUGUAUAUGCUUAUCUUGCAUUAAGUUAUAUCUUACCAUAUCUUCUGCCGUGCACCUGAUAUCUGCAGUUUGGACUGGGUUACCAAUAUGCAGAAGCACUAAUAGAUCCAUGGAUUAAGCCCUUCCCCGUCUGUUGCCCCUUGUUCCCCAUGUCUUCAUUUUCGCUGAGUUGGCUGAAGGUUUCUGUUCUUAUCCCUCUCCCCUCAUUGAUCAAGAACUUUGGCUGCGCCUCUCUCCCAACACCUUCCUCGAUUACUUUUCAGAUGGCUUGUAAUAACUUCUGGUUACCUGCUAAAUCUUUCCAUUCCAAGCACUAGCCGCAUGUUCAAGUAUGAUUGAAAGUCAUGGUUCAGAGGUGACCCAGGAAAGCAGGCUUCAUAGACAGCCUGGAAGAGUGCUCUAUCCAGCCUAAUGGCACAUUCGUAUUUAGGAUUGGCCAGCACAAUAUUGCAACUCAUUGAUUCAUUGGUUUUGUAAGUUCAUGGGUUAUUCCAGCUUUGCAAGCAUUAUUUAGCCGGUUGGAUACAUGUACAGUAGUACCUCGGGUUACAUAUGCUUCAGGUUACAUACGCUUCAGGUUAUAGACUCCGCUAACCCAGAAAUAGUACCUCGGGUUAAGAACUUUGCUUCAGGAUGAGAACAGAAAUUGUGCUCCGGUGGCACGGUGGCAGCAGGAGGCCCCAUUAGCUAAAGUGGUGCUUCAGGUUAAGAACAGUUUCAGGUUAAGAGCGGACCUCCAGAACGAAUUAAGUACUUAACCUGAGGUACCACUGUACAUCCGUUUGAUUUCCAAAACGUUCAGAAACCAAAGCCCGGCUUCUGAUUGGCUGCAGGAAGCUCCUGCAGCCAAUCGGAAGCCACAGAAGCCCCAUCGGACGUUUGGCUUCCAAAAAUAGUUCGUAAACCGGAACAGUCACUUCCGGGUUUGCCGCAUUUGGGAGCCAAAACAUUUGAGAAAUAAGCUGUUCGGAAACCAAGGUACGACUGUACUAGGAAAUAAAUGACUUUGAUUACAAAUUUAAUUAGUGUACUCAGUUAAAAGGUUGAAGGAUUUUUAAAAAAAAUCAUUUAGGCAGGAAUCUAGUUGGUACACACAGAAAGUCUUUUGAUCCUUUGCUAAAAGGAGAGGGGAGGUAAAUUUUGCCCAUUUGCUGUCUCUUUUGCACCAUCCAGAACCCAAAAAUCAACUCGGGAGAUCCUCCAUAACAUUGCAUGGGGAGAAGAUGAAUCAGAAUAAAUGCCCCGUCCUCUAUGAGCUCCUUCUAUGAGCUUAAGAGCACAAAUUCUAUUGAUUACUUACAGCCUUAAUAAUGAAAACUAGCAGGUGCAAAUCAAAUAUUUUAGAUGCAGUUAUACUGCAUAAAAGCAUUUAUCUUUGGAGCACAAUAUCAAGUCGCCUACAUGCACAAACCUCUUGUGUUUAUGCUUUUUGCUGUGGCCAGAUUGUUAGUGGCCUCCCAUUAGAAGUCCAAAUCAUCUCCUUCCCGAGAGGAGUGGCUAUCAAAAGUAUGGGACAUUGCACUGUCAGAACAUCCGACACAUGUAUGGAGAGUCCUUAACAGUUCAUUAAAAAUAGAUCUUUUUAUUUCACAUGGUAUAAGAUCUUAUCCUAACGUAAACUCAGUUGAACAGCCCACCAAACCCGAGAUGAAAAUGUGGAGACGCUUUAUGGAGAACUGAAUUGACUCACAUACACACACCCUUUUUAAAAUAUAUGAUAGUUGAAUGCAUUAUUGUAUUCUCAGCUUUCAGGUUUUCUUCCCCAUUGUAUUUUCAUUUUAUUUUUUCUAUUUCUGCAUGCAAUUUGUAUUGACUACACCUAUCACUUUCGAUGUAUUUUCUAUGUGUUUAUAUCAAUAAAUAGAAUUUUUUAAAAUGCAUGAAAGCUAUUCAUACUACCUUUUUGUUUGACUGUAUUCUUCAAUAUCACUAGUCCUAUGCAGGGAAGUAUGUGCCUGCCAUCGGCUAUUAUAUCCACACCCGUAAUCCUACGGCAAAGAUAAAGAUCAACUUUAAGGGUGUUGCCAUUGGAGAUGGUCUCUGUGACCCUGAAUUGGUAAGGUUUCUCCAUAUUGUGUUUAAUUAAUUUAUUAUUAUUAUUUUUUACAAAAUCAGAAGUGGAUUGUGAUUCUCAAAUUGCGGGGAAAGGAUAACGGAAGAAAGGGAAAAAAGAGUAUUGUUCCAUGUAACUUUCUAAUUUCAGUAAAACUUUAAUUAGUUUACCACCUGUUUCUCAAGAGCAAAUUAGCUGCGAUCCUGCAGGGAACUAGACUGCUUAUAAAUGCCACCAAAGUUUUAUUGCAGCUUUGGCAAACUAUUUAAAAUUUGGAAGCAUGCUUUAAAAAAUAGAUAAAUCUCUGCUAAUGCACUGCCUUUAUUAAAAAAAACGGGCAUUCUAGAAGAUUAGAAUAAUCUAGACUAAUAUCGCUGAGUUUCUUGAUUCCCUUUGCAGAUGUUUGGUGGCUAUGCAGAAUUGUUAUAUCAAAUUGGCUUGUUGGAUGAGAAGCAGAAGGCGUUUUUCCGGCAGCAGACUGAUCUGGCAGUAAUCUACAUCCAGCAGAAGAAAUGGAGAGAAGCCUUUGAAGUACGUAUUAGAGGCCCACAUGCUGGCCUCCAGCAAUUAAAACCAUCUGAAGAGAGUAAGGGGGUCAGAAGGAAGCAGAAUGGAGGUCACAAGCUCCGCUCUGGAAAAAGGUGUCCAUUUAUAUUGCAGCAGAAGGGCAAAGAGAGUGAGAACUAAUGGAGAGAAAAAUCACCAUCCAAUGUUUCUACAAAAUUUACCUUGGCCUCUUUUCAGAAUUGAGUGCUGUGGCAUAUGUUUACAUAGGCAUCUCUUUCAUGAAUUGCUUUAGUUUUUCUAAGUCUGUGCUUGUAUGCCCUAAAGGUUUAGCUUAUCCCCAGGAAAUCAGGAAAGAUGCAGUCGUGGAACUCGUUGCAUAUGCUUGAACACACGCCUGAAACCUUUCUAUAUCCAUGAAUAAUGGCUCCAAUUUUUAACCCCCACCGAAAGAGUGGAAGGCGAAAACAGCAGCACACACUGUGGGCUGGCGUUUUGCUCUGAAUUUGCGGCGUUUUGUGUUUCCCGCGCAGUGAUGUCACGAAGCAGCCUUCGAAUGUGUGCAGCAGUAAGCCGCUAACAAGUUACUUACUGCAAUACAGUGCAUUUUACAGAAUAAUUUGUCUAAAUUGAGAAAUAACCUUUAAAAUGCGUAUAACUGUGUGGCUUGUAUUUCCUCCCCUUGGGAAGAUCCACCAUGCUGACUUAUAUUCUCAGCAUUCCAGUUUAUAUCCAUGCUACACAUUAGCUUGUUUCAUUUAUUUAUUUUAUUCACACACACACACACACACACACACACACACACACACUGCUUGAUUAUAAGGAAACCUCUAAACUCUUAGCUAUGGUAGAGCAGUGAAUAUCGUGUGCACAACACAGGCAAAUAACAGAUUGGAGCAGCAUUCUAGAUUAGAUCUUCAUGGGGGCUGGCAGUGGGAUCGGGGAAGUUGAAGUGGGUCAAGAAACUGUGCCUUCCAAAGUUUGAAUAUGGUAAUCAGUUGGCCCCAAGAACAGAAGAAAAACCCUUCAUAAUAAUAGUAAUAAUAAUUUUAUUAUUUACAUGCCACCCAUCUGACUGGGUUGCCCCAGCCACUCUGGGUGGCUCUCAACAAGAUAUUUUAAAUGCAAUAAAACAUCCAGCCAUUGAAAGUUUCCCUGAAAGCCUUCAGAUGUCUCCUAAAAGUCAAAUAGUUGUUGCUCUGUUUGACAUCUGAUGGGGAGGCGUUCCACAGGGCAGGUGUCACCAGCGCCGCCUUUACCCGGGGGUGCAAGGGGUGCGGGGUGCCAAAUGCCAAAGACGGCCCUGGAGGUUGUAGUUGGACAUCCCCAUCCACAGGAACUUUUAGAGGGGAGAUCUGUUCACCGUGGAUGGGUGCAGGAAAGGCGUGCAAGCCCAGGUGAGGGCGUGGAGGACCCAGCGUUGUGGGUGCCGCAUGGUGGCUCCUCUGCUGGCGGAGCUUUUCCUUUCCGCAUCCUGUCCGUUUCCUUUCCUUGCUGUGCUUCUCCCGUGCCCUGCGUAGCACUGCCCAGGUCCGUCUCAUCCCGCGACAGCACCCUAGUCCCUCAGCAGUGUAGCCUGGGAGGGAGUGGAGCAGCGGCAGUUGUUACAGGUGAGCGAUUUCUCCCUCCCCUAAAGACGGCCCUGGAUGUCACUACUGAGAAAGCCCUCUGUCUCGUUCCCUGUAGCUUCACGUUUUGCACUAAGGGAACCACCAGAAAGCCCUUGGAGCUGGAUCUCAGUGUCCAGGCAGGACAGUGAGAAUGGGGAUGCUCCUUCAGGUAUGCAUGGCGAUUCAGGGCUUUGAAGAUCAACACCAACACUCUGAAUUGUGCUCAGAAAUGUACUGGGAGCCAGUGUAGAUCCUUUAGGACCAGUGUUAUAUGGCCUUAAUAUUUCAUUGCUCAGGUACACUCCACAAAGCAUCUCCUUGCUACUUGUGGCCAACUGAAUUAUGCCGAGCAUUGCGGUUCCUUAGAAUUUUUAACCCAUCAGAAACCAUAUUUUGAACUGUUUUUCUUUCCAUGGCUCUCUUCCUCCAGGUGUUUGAUGUUCUGUUGAAUGGCGAUGAAAUUGGAACUGCUUCCUUCUUUCAGAACGCCACAGGGUGUAGCAACUACUUCAACUUCAUGAAGUGCCAGGUAAGCCACCCUUAGACUAGGCAUUCUGGUAAUGUGCUUUCAAAGCUAUGGAAUUAACUUGGGCUACUGCUCUAUCAGAGGGACGCGGGUGGCGCUGUGGGUUAAACCACAGAGCCUAGGACUUGCCGAUCAGAAGGUCGGCAGUUUGAAUCCUCAUGACGGGGUGAGCUCCCAACCUAGCAGUUCGAAAGCACGUCAAAGUGCAAGUAGAUAAAUAGGUACCGCUCCGGCGAGAAGGUAAAUGGCGUUUCCGUGUGCUGCUCUGGUUUGCCAGAAGCGGCUUAGUCAUGCUGGCCACAUGAACCGGAAGCUGUACGCCGGCUCCCUUGGCCAAUAAAGCAAGAUGAGCGCCGCAACCACAGAGUCGGCCACGACUGGACCUAAUGGUCAGGGGUCCCUUUACUGCUCUAUCAAGAGCGAUUGGAAAUGGUGGUAACAGUACUGGAGCUUGGGGAAAUGAUCCCUCCCUUUCCCCCCCCUGUUGGUGCUUAAAUCUCAGCACAUGCUUAAGGUCAAGAGAUGAGUGGGAUGUUUUACACCUAGUGUGAAGGUAACAUGAGGAGGUCUUUAGCAUUGUGCAAAUACUGCAGACGAUUCACCUAGGAUGCGCCUGUCUCUCCACUUGCGAAAAACCCAACAGCUGGAGAGAAAAAGGAAGGGUUUUCCCCUACCACCCCAUGAAGAUUAGGUCUAUCGAUGGCUAUUGGCCUGGUGGCUAAAUGGAAUUUCAGUAUUUAGAGGUGCUGAGAGAGUGCUGUUGCCUUCAUGCCCUGCCUGUAAACUUUCUAGAAGCAUCCAGCUAAGCACUCUUGGAAGUUAAGACUAGUUUGACCUUUUCUCUGCAAGUUUCUCCCCCCUAAGUUCUUAUGGGAAAUAGUGCAAGAUGAAACAGUUUCCCUAAGUUAAAACUUGAUAUUUGUGUUGCCUGCAUGGGACAUUGUUUAAUGCAAGUAAACUCAGUCUGGCACAGUGACAAAUUAAUGUGGCUGUACAUUUUCACCAACAGCAAACCUUUUCCCCCCCUCUCUCAUCUGAUCAAUUACCAAAUGCCACCAGUUUUCAUGACCUGCUGGGAUUUUCCCCUUAUGAAACUAAUAGACUUGAACACUUUAAAUUGCUUCAUAAUUUCAGACUUAACUGACCCCUGCAGUUUCAUGUUUAACACUAUCCUCACUUAUGCGAUGUUUUGCAUGCUUCAGUGCUAGGUAGGAUAACUAGGGAAUAUACCGUAUUUUCCGCCCUAUAGGACGCACCGUCCCAUAAGGCGCACCUAGUUUUUGGGGGGGAAAAUAAAAGGGGGGGAAUUAUUUCCCCCCCCAGGCGCGGGCCUUGGGCAGGGGAAGCCCGAGCUUCCCCCGACCCCAGCCCCCAGAACAGGCAGCUCUCUGCAAGUCGUGGGAGCCCAGCACCGGCUCCCGCUGCUUGCGGAGAGGUGCACGAAGCCUGGACGCGCUGAGCUCAUGCACGUGCAGGCUUCAGCAUGCAGGCAACUCUCCGCAAGCAGCGGAAGCCCAGCGCCGGGCUCCCACUGCUUGCGGAGAGGUGCGCGAAGCCUGGAGAGCAAGAGGGGUCGGUGCACACUGACCCCUCUCGCUCUCCAGGCUUCAGCGAAAGCCUGCAUUCGCCCCAUAGGACGCACACACAUUUCCCCUUCAUUUUUGGAGGGGAAAAAGUACGUCCUAUAGGGCGAAAAAUACGGUGAUUUUAUUGUGUUGAUUUUUUGCAGCCAUUUUUAUCUUUUUCAUCUUUUGUUUAAUAGGAACCUGCGGAUCAGGAGUACUUUGGACAGCUGUUAACAUUGCCAGAAAUAAGGAAGUCUAUCCACGUUGGCAACCUGACAUUUCAUAAUGGCUCCAUGGUUGAGAAACAUUUGCUUGAAGAUGUGAUGCAGACAAUAAAACCAUGGCUGGCUGUCCUAAUGGAUAACUACAGGGUAAGUAGGCUGCCAAGCCCAGCCUCUUAAAUUUAAGAACCUGCAGAACUGCCUUAAUUUAUUAUUUUCCAAAUAUUUAACCUCCGAAUAUUUAACACCUACUCCCAACUUCUAAUCAGCCAUCCCUAAAACAGAACCAGAAUAGUUUUAGCAAUUCAGUGAUAAUCAGUGUUGCAGCGAUGUGUGACUUCAGAGAGAUUAGCUGAUUAACUUUGCAUUUCAAACCUUUACCCAACAUUGGAGAGGAUAGCUUUGUGUUGUAGCAUGUAAAGUGUCUGUUUUUUUCUGGCAUUCUUUUUUUUUGGGGGGGGUGGUGGUCAGACUUGGUUAGUAGAGGUGAUGAAGUCCUCCGUUGGAGACUGUAGCACCUCAGUUCUCAUGCGUAUAUGUUGCAGGGACUUUUCCCCAUAUAAAACACAUAGCAUUUCAAGAGAGCUAACUUUCGAAGCUGGUGAAAUACUUCUGCACCGGUGGUUGAAGUCCUCAUCUACAGGACAACACUGCAUCUUAGCAACUGUAUUUGUGCUUGAAUGUUUUGCUCUUCCACAGCACCUGUUCAGCUUUAGCCAGCAGAUCCAUUGUAUUAUAUGUGUUAUUAUUUUAUAUAUAUUUAUAAAAGUAUUUCUGUACGGUCGUACCUUGGAAGUCAAACGGAAUCCGUUCCAGAAGUCCGUUCGACUUCCAAAAUGUUCAGAAACCAAAGCACGGCUUCUGAUUGGCUGCAGGAAGCUCCUGAAACCAAUCGGAAGCCCCGUCGGACGUUCGGCUUCUAAAAAUAGUUCGCAAACCAGAACACUCAUUUCCGGGUUUCUGGCAUUCGGGAGGCAAAACAUCUGAGUACCAAGGCGUUCAGGAUCCAAGGUAUGGCUUCAUAAAAUAUCAGGAUUACAUACUACAACGAAAUACAAAAUGCCACUAAAAGCAAUGCUUUUAAUCUUUGAUGUGCCUGGCUAAUCAAAAACAGGCAGAAACAGAUGUAUAGGCCUGUUGGCAUAAAAAGAUCCUCAAGAGAGACAACAGCAAGGCUGUCUGCCAAAUCUCUGCAGUGAGAAUGUUCUGUAGCAGAGGACUGGUGACGCUAAAUGUCUGACUUUCUAGCUGAGGCCAGUUACGCCCCUGUAACAUGGGUGACAGCUAACAGCACUCUUCCAGAUAAUCUCUAUGAUUGAUCUGAGAUAUAAUGGCUCAGGUAGACUGUAAGGCACGGGGCUGGAUGCGGCCCAAUUGCCUUCUAAAUCUGGCCCGUGGACGGUCUGGGAAUCAGCAUGUUUUUACAUGAGUAGAAUGUGUGCUUUUAUUUAAAAUGCAUCUCUGAGUUAUUUGUGAGGCAUAGGAAUUCGUUCAUUCCACCCCAUAUAGUCCGGCCCCCAACAAGGUCUUAGGGACAGUGGACUGGCCCCCUGCUGAAAAAGUUUUCUGACCCCUGCCAUAAAGUAUACUGGGCCGAAGUUGCUCAAAACCCUGAACCUGGCCUGAUAGCCUAUGGGAAGUCAGUGGUGUUUCAGGAGUUCCCAUAGGCAAGUCUGUUGCUGUUGUAAAACAAUAGAGGCUUGGCAUUUUUUGCUUUUCUAAGUGCUGCCCCAGGAGGUCAACUACAGCUGUCUAGUAAUGAGAGUAGAUAAGGGAGCAGAUUACUUGCUUCUUACUUCCUGAUCUAGUUUGGUAAGCCACUUGUGGUGUUUAAAAGACUACACAGAAAUGUCCUAAAUGAUGAAAUGAGUAACUUUAUUGACUUUUUAAAAUUUAAUUCCACAUGCCACUGAAAUUAAUCUUAAACAACUUAAACUGAUUGAAGGCUGUGGUUAACAGUCAUGGCUUUCUUCCAGAGAAUCUUUGGAAUCUGUAGCUUUGUGGGAUACUGAGACUUGUUUGUUGGGAAUCUUUAGCCCUUCGUGUAACUUUUAAUUUUUAGCAUUCCGUUAGAUGGGCCCACAACAGUUACACAGGCAUAAAACUGUUUUAAAUUUCUAGCGUACACGUAAGCUUAGAAAAUAUUGAAGAACGUACCUACUGCAGCAGCUUUACAUAUAUAUAUAUUUAGUUAGAUGCUGUAAGACAAAACCAGUAUUGGUCUAUGACUGUAAUUUGUUCUGUUUUUAAUGCUGAAUUUUAAAUUGUUGUCACGUGCCCUGGGACCUGCUGAUGAAAGGCAUGUGACGACAACGACAACAACAGGACAGUAGUUGUAGCACAAAAGAGAGGUAUGCACAUCCCAUUUGCUGUGGCCAGUCUGAAAGUUACUCACAUCUUGUGAUCUUUGGAGUUCACAUGUAAUGUAUUGGCUAGUUUGCAUUGUAUAUCACAUGGGGGGGGGCAUAACGAGCCACUCAUUUCUACCUCAAGAAUAUUGCAAUGGUUUGGAAUGAUAACUUACUUGCAUGUCAAGCUUAAUGUUCACAUGUGACAUGGCUUGGGGCAGUUUUUGCAGUAGCCAGAACGUCUCUGCAAGACUGAGCUAUCUAACCCUCUUUUGGUCUAUGGCAGGAGUCCCUUCACAUCCCAUAGUAGUGCCUAACCACAUGGUAAAUGUAGCAUUUUGUUCUGAACUAUAUUGGGAGGGUGAGGAAGCACUUUGCUUUUCUAUGCAUUGGAGGUUUGGCUGUUUAGGCAAAUCCAGACUUUUUCCUAAGGCAAAGGAUUGUUGUUGUUAUUUCUAUACCACCUUAUACCGUAUUUCUAUACCACCCUAUGGAUGUGCCCUUUGAAGCCCUCCAAGUCAGAAAUUAAUAAUUUCAAACCAAAGUAAGUUUGGUACGAGGAAGUGCAUGGCGUGGUCAAUAUGCCCAUCAUACUUUUUGUUGGAUUGAAGCAUGUGUUCCUUUUAGGAUACGUAAAAAGAAACAAAAGAAACGUCUUUGUCUUCUCGCUCAACCAAAGCCAGAUGGGGAAUAAUACUACUCAUAAUUCAUUGUACAGGAUUUGCGAAGGAUGCGGCAUGGCGCGCGGGAGCUGCCAUGAUAGAUGCUUCAGCCUACUGACCAUUCGAAAGAGCGCAGUCACUUAUAGAUUAAGAGCAGCAUGCUUGGUGCUUAGAAAUGCUGUCAGGAGUGCUUCAGAAUUUCUGCUGUUUUUGACACUCCCAUUACACAUCCCGUGUCUAGGUUAAACUGUUUGCUAUGGUUCCACCAACCCCUCUUUCUUCCUUUAGCAAUUUAAUAAGGAAUUGUGGCAAAUAAUAGAAAAUGGAAAACACUGUGUUAAUGGCAUGGCCUAUUAGAAAUCUGGCGCCACUGUCCUUGGUUGUAUGUUGUGUGGCGAUUAGUCUUGUGCAGUCCUUUUCGUAUUUGGCAGAAUUUGGAAUUUCUCAGCAGUAGAGAAGAUGCUUGGUUGCCAAUGGUCCCAGUUUCAAUCCUUGGCGUUUUUGGAAAGGGCUGGAAAAAACCUGCUGGAAACUACGGAGAGCUGGUGCCAGUCAAUGUAGACAAGUGCUCUUCAGCCUUGUAGUCCUGGCAUUGUUGGGCUGCAGCUGCCAUCAUCCCUGAGCAGUGGCUAAAUUGGUUUAUGGGAUUAUGGGAAUUGUAGUUCAACCCCAACUAGGGAUCAAAGGUUGAAAAACACUAGCGUAGGCAGUACUGGACCCAAUGGGCUGACUCACUUUAUUCUAUUUAAGGUAUUUAAAUAAAUAAAAAUAAAAUCUUUAGGUUUUGGAAGCUUUAUUACAAGUUAUGAUUCAGUUGGCCAUCUUUUCUGCAAGGGUAUUUAAACAUUUACUAGGACUCCUGAAGGGUCUUUCUAAAACUAGAAAGAGGAAUUUGUCAUAAUUAAUAGGAAGGAAACUCAUUUGAACAUAAUCAAUUUGACUUUACCUCAUAAAUUGCAACAUUGGUGAGGUUGCACUUCCUCCUAUGAAUCAGGUUAUUGGCAAGGGGAUACUGCUGGCAUCCUUGACAAGUAAUUGGACAGUUACAGCUUUCCCUGGGAAAGUAAGACCUUUCCAUUAUCAGCCUUGUUUUGGACUAGACUAUUGGCAAUAUGCUGUAUGUGGGAUUGUCCUUUGGAAAAUUUCAGAAAGUACAUCAACUUGUUAAUGAGGAGAUGCUGCACCAAGAAAGCAAAUACUGAUCACACUUAGCUUAGAGAACUUCAUUGGCUCCUAGUUGGCUUCCAGACACAAUUCAAAGUACUUGCGUUGAUCUUUGGCAUCCUAAAUGUCUUGGAUCACUAUACCUGAGGGAGCAUUUAAGUGUUAUUUGUUGAGAUAGCAGUAGAGGCUGUGCUUCAGGUGCCUCCUCACCACCAAUGAUGCCAAGACUUCUUUGGAGAAGAUCAAAAGUCUAUAUGGCACCAUUCCUCUUUUCUCUUACAAAGCAAAUGAUAUUUUACUGGGUUGUGUGUUGUGUUUUUUUUACAUGUGAUUCUAAAUAUUUAUAUUGUGUGGAAUUGACUCUGUUAGCUGUAAUAUGUACUUUUUAGUGGAAAGCCAGGAUAUAAACAUUUUGAAAACAUAGUGAGAAGCAGAAAAGUGGGAAGGAUAUUUAUUCCCCGUUUGUCUGCUCUUCUCCAGAGAUCCCUCAAACUUUCUACGAAAUGCCAGAAUUUUCUUCUGUUCCUUGAUUGAUACCUUCCUGUUAUUCACCGUAGAUACAUUAUCCGGGCUUCAAAGGGUGGAAGGCUCCUUUUGAAAACUUUCCCAUUGCUUAGGAACCUGGAUAUAUUUCUUAACUCAGCUAUUUAUGUGCUUGUUUAUGUUUCUGAGCUUUGGCUCCAUUCCCUCCCAGUUUGUAGUUGUGGGAUUGUCUCAAGCUGCCUUUUUCCGCUUUAAUUUUGGUUUAAAAAACACACCAAAAAAACCCCCUAAUAAAAUGCAGCUGUUACUGAAACGCUUAGAUAUUUUAUCAGGUUUUCCCAUCAGAUGUGUUGCAGUGUCACUUGUGAGGAAAUAUUACACCAGUAGGUUCAGGCAAUGAACAAAACAUGGCACAUGUGCAAACUGGCCAUUUCUCAACACUCAUCUACAACAUUGGCUCCUUUGUUUGUAACAGAGCUGAGGGAAAGACCUCUGUAACAUCCCACACAUAUCCCCUUUUUCAGCCUUCAAAGAUUGGCUUCUAUUACUUCCACUGAAAGAGUGACAUUUUUUCUUCAACAUAAUGUGGUGUUGCUUCAUAAAAUAGAGGCAGCCCAGUAGCCUAGUGAUGACAACUGUUUUAUCCAUUCUAAAACCAGUCACAUUACAUUUCUAUAACACGUUUUACACUACACUAAUUGUCACACAUUUUCCCCUCACGCACACUCGCACAGACACGAUGGGCAUCUCCCACCCAUUUCCCCCCUUAAUAGUAGAUUUGUGUAAUUGCACCCCUAUUUGUCAGAUGCAGAGUGCUAAAAAAGAUUUGUGGGAGGAAAUCGUAAUACGGGAUCACAAAUCAGCUGGGCUUUUGCUUCUGAAUAUCAAAUGGUUUUUCAAACUUGGGUCUCCAGCUGUUUUUGGACUACAGCUCCCAUCAUCCCUAGCUAAUAAUAAUAAUAAUAAUAAUAAUUUAUUAUUUAUACCCCGCCCAUCUGGCUGGUCCUCCCCAGCCACUCUGGGCGGCUUCCAUAGAAACCAAAAAUACACUAAAAUAUCACACGUUAAAAACUUCCCUGAACAGGGCUGCCUUAAGAUGUCUUCUGAAUGUCAGGUAGUUGUUUAUCGCUUUGACAUCUGCUGGAAGGGUGUUCCACAGGGCGGGCGCCACUACCGAGAAGGCCCUCUGCCUGGUUCCCUGUAGCUUUGCUUCUCUCAAUAAGGGAACCGCCAGAAGGCCCUUGGUGCUGGACCUCAGCGUCAGGGCAGAACGAUGGGGGUGGAGACGCUCCCUCAGAUAUACUGGACCAAGGCCGUUUAGGGCUUUAAAGGUCAGCACCAACACUUUGAAUUGUGCUCGGAAACGUACUGGGAGCCAAUGUAGGUCUUUCAAGACCAGUGUUAUAUGGUCUCGGCGGCCACUCCCAGUCACCAGCCUAGCUGCCACAUUCUGGAUUAGUUGUAGUUUCUGGGUCACCUUCAAAGGUAGCCCCACGUAGAGCGCAUUGCAGUAGUUCAAGCGGGAGAUAACCAGAGCAUGCACCACUCUGGCGAGACAGUCCGCGGGCAGGUAGGGUCUCAGCCUGCGUACCAGAUGGAGCUGGUAAACAGCUGCCCUGGACACAGAUUUGACCUGUGCCUCCAUGGACAGCUGUGAGUCCAGAAUGACUCCCAGGCUGCACACCUGGUCCUUCAGGGGCACAGUUACCCCAUUCAGGACCAGGGAAUCCUCCACACCUGCCUGCCUCCUGUCCCCCAAAAACAGUACUUCUGUCUUGUCAGCAUUCAACCUCAAUCUGUUAGCCGCCAUGUUAGUAGGUCAGGGAUGAUGGGAAUUGUAGUCCAAAAACAGCUGGAGAUCCAAGUUUGGGAAACACUGGUUUAAUCAAACCAUGGUGUUAUCAAACAUACCAAACACUACCUCUUCUUGAGUGGGCUUGGCCUUUGUUGGAUUAUAUUCGGAACAAAUUUGACCACUUAGCUCUUCAGUGAAAAAAUAUGUCUGUUUCUUCAAGAAGAGCCAUAUUGGUGAUAAACCAAUGAGAAUGUUCCUCUAAUUCUUUCUUUCUUUUUAAAGCACCCAUUUGGAAAUUACUGUGGUCAUUUGUUGUUAUCGCUCAGCACUGUUAUCUGCCAGCCUUUCUAGGUUAUAGAAAAGUAUUUUAAGAAAAAUGUUUAAUGCCUACAAGAAGAGAAACCAGAAGUCUCAUUGUGCAAGCAGAUAUCUAUUGUGCAAGUAGACAGAUAUAUAUAUAUAUAUAUAUAUAUAUAUAUAUAUAUAUAUAAAAUUUCCAGCAGGAAUUAAAUGAGCAAAGAUUUCAUUUGCAAAGCAAAAAUUGGGUAUGAUUUGUGCAGGACUUUCUUAAGUUCCGUACCAUGACAGGGGCUUGGUAAUAAUUGGAUGAGAUAUUUUAUCCCAGGAAAGAGGCUUUGGCUUAGAAUUCUUUAACUCUAAUAAAACCUUUGAUGUUUGUGGAUCCUGUGAAUAUAUUUUUGUUAGUAUCAGAUUUUGCUAUAUCUACUGAUUUAAACCUGUCUUGCCCCAAAAGGAGUUGGGCAACACCGGAAAGGUUAACUUGCCUUAGGUUAGAACUCAGUCCUACAGUAUUUAAGAUUGCAUCUAGUUCGGAAAUUGUGGCAGGCACUGUCACUUAUCAUUAAACAGCUCAUUAAAUCCCAGCUAAUUGCAUCUUUGUUCCUGCAUUUUAAAGUCUUCCUGUGCCAGCCCUUAACUACCUCACUAAAAUUUUACCAUUUGUACCCUCACAGUUAACUUCAUUAGCUUAUUCUAGCACAAGUAAAACAAGAGUUUUAAUAAGUUUUUGUUUUGUACAAAUUGAAGACAGAGUGUUCGACAUUUGCUUUACCUGGUAGCCUGAGUGACUUAAAAUCCACAAGUAAAGUAGUGCAUAUUUGAAAUGUUCAUGACAUGUUUAUAUUUUUUGUAAAGUGUUUUGGUUUUCUGUGUUGUUUCAGAGCUUUUAAACAGUUUUGUUGUGAUCUACAUCAUACCCUCCAACACCCCAGUGGCAAAAUCCAGGACACAUUCUUCUGGGACACUAUCUUCCCAUUUUUUCUCACAAGAGAAUGGCGACCAUUUUGGAUGCCAUAAUCUUGAGCAAUUUCACAUCACAAUUCCCCCCAGAAAAAGUGCCUUUUUCGGCACGGUGCCCUAAAAGGUGUUUGGGGGCACCACACAAGAUUGCAGGCCUGAAAAAGAACUUGGGGGGGGGGGACACAAUCAUGGUGUGAAAUUGGCAAGAUCACAGCAUCCAAAAUGUUAUGCCAUGCUGCCAUGGCAGCCAUUUUGUGACUGCUGCCCACAACAUUUCCACAAAAUUCAAAAUGUGCUUACUGGUCCUGAAAGGUUGGCAGCCUCAGUCACAUUCAUGCUAUUCCUUAUGUCUAACUUUUUGCUUAUUUUGUUUUGCCCCUUUGUUCCUUUUCCACUUCAGUUCCUUUCAGUGUUCUGGGAAAACUAGGGUUUCAUGUCAUGAUUAGCCCACAUCUACUGCUUGGAACGGGGAAGUUUGCCGCUGACCCAAAUUUCCCUGUUUCAAAGAGGCUUUUAUGGGGGAAAUCCUUGUAUCCUUUCUUUGGAAUUUAGUUUAUAUCACCUUCCUCGCAGAAAGCAUGCAAGCAAGCCAAAGCCAUGAGCCACCCGCAUGAGAACUUUUUUUGUUUAAACUGUUCAUUCAUGUAAUCCACAAGUCUUAAUCCCUUUCUCUUCUGUCUAGGUUUCUUCAUCUGCAGUGUUUAUUUAUGGCAGCAAUUGAAUUUAAUCAGCUACAUGCUACUCUCUGCAUUGGCCAUGCUACUUUUCCCCUUCUGCUUUUGGCGAGAAUGCUUAGCAAAAGGAGGUGGAGAAAAUGUAGAGGCUGAUAAUUAUAGUCGCGAAGGGCCUUGGCAGUGGGAAAAGGCACAGCCAAGAAUAAGAGGAUUGUCUUUUUUAUUUUGGAAAAUUUAGUGAUAUUGGAAAAGUUGAAAAGUACAGAUUUGUCACCCUAUUUCUCCUUCCCAGUGAUCCUUUCACAAGUUAACUGUGAAUAUUCAGGUUGCUCCCGAUUUUCUCUUCUCGUAGCGUGGUCACAGUGAGUUGCCAACAUGCAGGUAGAGGACCAGGAGGAUAAGCUUCACUGGCUUUUGUGUAUUUGAUAAUGUCACUGCUUUGCACAAUAUAGAUUUACUUAAUACAGGGAUGUUUAACCUCUGGGCCACACCACAGGCCUGAUUAGGGCAACCAGGCCUUCCCAGUUGACCCAUGGUGCCAUUUUAGCUAGACCCUGUCCACCUGUCUUAAUAAGUUUUGGUUUGUUUCACUACGCAGUUGUAUUUAUGGCUUCUAAAAUGCUGUCAAUUUUUGCAUUUCUGGUGGCCGGAUCUUUUAUGCUCCAGUGCUUAACACAAUGGGCAGCCAGUGUUCAGGUUUCCUUAAUCAGGGAAGGUAGUAUUAGCGGUAUUCCACCACUAGUGCUUGGUUAAAGCCCCAGUAUGAGGCAGCCACCCUUGUGCUAUAGCUAAAUGAGCAACUGGAGGGAUGGUGCAGUUAGGAAUUGAAUAGCUUGAAGUAGCCUCAAAUGUAGGUCAUAUCUGCUCCUUAUAAACAAAGAAAAUGGAGCCCCAAGCAUUCAGUGGUGGAGGUUCAGUAAAACAUCAAGCUCCAUUCCUGGUUUACAUAAAUCUCUCUUGGCCAUUCCAUUUGCAAGACUGCCAUUACCUCAGGUUUCUUGGCCACUGCUACUAGCACAGAAGUUAUGGCAAAUUUGUAAAACAUGUCUCUGUACCUCCUGUCUGCCAUUAUGCUCUUAUUUUUCUUGAUUCUUUUACAGUGCUCCCUGCAACAUGUAGUGACUUACUAGAAGAAAAAUUAGCCCAUCUUAUUGUUUAGCUGUCCCAAAAGAAAAGAGCGUGCGAGGAAGGGAUUGGCUGGGAAACAGACUGUUCUUCCAUCUGGUAUAUGAGACUGUAUUCCAGAAUCCCAGGGGUAAUCUAAAGAGAUCUUCUUUUGAUGGUUUACUGUAGCCCUGUGGGAGUCCUUUCCCCUUCCUCUGCUGAUUGACAGGGAUGAACUGUAUCCUUAGAUAACUCUGUGCAAGAAUGCAGAUGUUGCAUGCCAUGCUUACAUUUCAAAUCCUGAAAUAUAACACACAGUUUUUCAAAAACUAGAGAAUAAAAUAAUUGGUACCUGCUUAGGCUAGUUACUUGUUACAAACAGCAAAGGGGGAAAAUGUUCAGAUUAUUAUACAGUGGUACCUCGGGUUAAGUACUUAAUUCGUUCCAGAGGUGCGUUCUUAACCUGAAACUGUUCUUAACCUGAAGCACUACUUUAGCUAAUGGGGCCUCCUGCUGCUGCCGCGCUGCUGGAGCACGAUUUCUGUUCUCAUCCUGAAGCAAAGUUCUUCACCCGAGGUACUAUUUCUGGGUUAGUGGAGUCUGUAACCUGAAGCAUCUGUAACCAGAAGCGUAUGUAACCCGAGGUACCACUGUACUGUAAAUGAAUACAAUCUGAAUCAAUUAGUGAUGUAUGACUAACUGAUAUGUUCCCUUUCCAGAAAUUACACCAUUAAUGACCGUUAGCCUUGUUAACCCUAAUGAAUUUCUGCUCUGAAGAAAAAUAAUUCAAUAGGCCAUACUGCCUUUGUUUCUAUCCACUGCUUUUGAAAGAUGGCUGUAGCUGUUUAAAAUGACAGUACUGCCCCUGCCUUUUAGCUGGGGUGGGGUGGGGUGGGGGGUACAUCUGUAAUUGUCUUCCUUGAAGUUGUCCAAUGGGAUUUUGGUUUAUUUUGUGGAGUGCUCAGAAUCGAGAUGGCAGCUAAUUAGGAUCAUGGCACAGGCCAGGACAUCGUAAGACUGCUCUUCAAUCAUCAUUUCCUCUUACAGGAAACCACAAAAUAUUGUAGAUUAAGGUCACCGGGGAAAAGAUCAAAAGUUUGUCUGUAGAGGAAACAUAGUAUAAUUGUAUAAGGACCAAACAGUAAGGAUGGAGCUGGUUUUAAAAACAGGAUCUAGAGUUGCAAUUUAUCACACAUCUUAUAUGCGCUUCUUUCAAGAACCUUGAGGUAUUUGAGAUGAUAUGCUUCAAAUUCUUUUUAAUGCGUGGUUAUGCCAUUCAUCAGAUCUCCCAAAGCUGUUUGUUUGAAUUUAGAAACAACUGCAGUUUAAAAGCAGAAACAGAAAAACAGAUUAACACUACUGUUAUGUAUUCAGUGGUCUGUGUUUGCCUGAGCUUGAGUCUGGACUAAGAAUUCUGAGCCCCUAUGUUCUGAUUCGAUACAUGAUAUCCAAUAACAGAACAUUUCAGGAUUUGGGCCUCUGCCAUUGGCCCUUAAACUCUGAGUUAUGAUUCGCAGCUUGGAAGUUUAGACAGCCAAUCACGUUGGGAGUGGGAGUGGCCCAGGCCUUCAGAAAUGUAUAUAAGCAGUUGCUUUGCCCCUGUUGUCCAGUUCUGCUAGUUCAAUGAAGGUUUUUGCUGUUAUCACUGUGUCUUGCGUCGUGGGAACCCUACCCACACUUCAACUACCAUACCUAAACUGAGCACAUUACACAAUGUGCAUAGCAAUUAAAAUCCCCAUAGACUUUUGAAGCUUGCAUUCAUGUUUUUAUGCCAGAAUAAAUAUUAUAGCUGAUUCUGUAUUUAGACUUGUUCAUUAACAUUAUAGUAAUUAUUACAAUGCUUGGUGGCUAUUUGAAUUGGUCUUCAAUAAAACUGCAUUUCUAAUGGGUGGUACUUGAAGUAGACCCACUGAAAUCCAUUACUCAAGUCCAUUAAUGUCAUUGGGUCACUUCUGUGUAUUAUUAUUGCGUGUUAUCCAAUGUUUUCGGUGCAAACAAGGGAACUUUAAUUUGCAACAAGCCAGAAAUUAAGGGAUUUUUCAUCAUGGUCUAAACGUGUUUAUCGUGAUGCAGUCAUCGUCAGUGGAAGGUGAAAAAAAAUAUAGGACUUCUUCCUUCCACUCUUCUCAUAUGUUUCUACAGAAGCUUUCUUAAUACUAGGAGUAUGGUUUGGGGACAGUCUUGCAAUAAAUUACACCGGCAUUAAAGUCAACCUGCGUGGCCUGCCAGUAUACAAUACAAAUAAAUAAGUGCAAACUCCUGUUGGCGUAAAAUUAGUCAAGCUUUUGAGGUUUGGCAGAAAUCAUUUGCACUUUACUGAAAUUGCUAGAAGUGUGUGUGGUUUGUGUCCCUGUAGGAUGUCCUCCCACCAACAAGUGCGCACACACUCUUAGUCCCCAUAAAAAAUGAGAAAAAUAGAUACAAUGCCAAUUACAUGUUACUUCUAGGUUUGUAGAGCGAAGGAUACAUGGCCUUACCAAAUUGGGUUGUGCUGUUUUUACUGCGCUGUGUCCUACCCUAAGACGGGUAAUUGUAAUUAUUCCCAUACUGUCGAGUGUAACAGCUGCAGAAAAUUUUUGCAGAGGCCAUGGAGAAUCAAGGUCUUUGAGGCAUAGCUUCUUCAUAUAAACAGUGCAAUUAUUUUAUUUGAGCUAGCUUGGGCGAGUCUUACAGAAAAGGCUUUUAACCCCACCAGGAUUUUUUAGUAAAAAAGAAUUAAUAGUUCAUAGGAAACAUGUGUGCGUUGCAGCCGUACAAAGGGCUCUAUCUUGGCUUGAGCCUGAACAGUCUGCUGUGAGAUCCCAACUGAUACAAAACAUAUAUGCUGUUUGGGUAUGGGAUUUAAAGAGAAACUUAAACCAGCUUUGUGGGAUGGAAUAUGUUUUUACACCAAUCACACGUUCCCCCUUUUUCUAGUUAAAACAAAAAAAGAAAAAGAAAAAAUCCAGUGUGCAUUCUGAUGGAAUCUUUACGCUACAUCUUCUUUUUCCAUUUGUUGAGCUAAAGUCUAAAGUUCUUCCUGUUAGAAUCUACCAGGGCAGUCUCCUGGAGUAUUUUUUAGUAAGGCUCCCUCUUUCCAUUCAUGGUGCAUUGUUUCUCAAAGACCAUACCCAGUGAUUUGCACCUAUAGACUAUGCACUCUUGCGCUAGAGAGUUUGUUUCUGCUAUUGCAUAUGUAACGAAAUCUAUUGUUGCUAUGGUUUCUAUAUUUUCUAUUAUUUCUAUUCUUGUUAAGCCACCUUUGGCUAAUGCAUGAAGUUGUAAAUUUUGUACAUGUAGUGUGCAUUAUAUUACCAACCUAUAUGUUACUUGAUACUGAUUUCUGUUUGUUGACAGUGAUCCAUUGUUAUUAUCUUGUAUGACUGUAGUUUAGUACCAAAGGUUGACUGCAUCGGGUUUUGUAAAGAUUGGAUAGGCUGGAAGGCUAAUACGAGUUGCAUCCAUAGAAUCAUAGGAUUGUAGAGUUUGAAGGGACCCUGAGGAUCAUCUAGUCCAACCCCCUGCAAUACAGGCCUAUGCAGCUGUCCCAUAUGGGGAUUGAUUGAAUCUGCAAACUUAGCGUUAUCAACACCAUUCUUCAGCCAACUGAGCUAUUCAGGCUGACCAGCACUAAAUUGGACAUAUUGGAUUAAAUAGUCCUUAAUGCUCUUUCAGAUUCGAACUAUGCACUGAGCUUUUGCUUUAACUUUCAUGUACGAGAUGAAGGGAUCAACUAUGUCCUGUUGAUUAGCCAGAUUGCUUCCUCUCACCCUUUUGCAAGCAAUGUCGAGUUAUUUGUGCUCCUUCUCUCAUUACUUUUAGCAUGGGAUGUGCGGGGUAUGUUCAGGGAAGUUUUUAAUGUGUGACAUUUUAAUGUAUUUUUAAUCUUUGCUGGAAGCUGCCCAGAGUGGCUGGGAAAACUCAGCCAGAUGGGCGGGUACAAAUAAUUUAUUAUUAUUAUUAUUAUUAUUAUUAUUAUUAUUAUUAUAUGUGUUUGUAUGUGAUUGGAUUCUUGAGAGUGUUCUUUUUGAGCUCAAAUUCUCAGCCAUUUCUGAGACAUAGAGGGCUAUGGCUAUCUUUAAUCCUAUCCUCUUGUGAACAUAUUUUUUAUUUUGUUUAUUUAUAUACUUAUAAACCACAUAUAACAAGGUAGUGUAAAGAUAAAAAAUACAUUACCACAGUAGCAACAGUAGAAACAUCAAUAACACCAAUUAUCAAAAGUAGCUGAAUAACCAAUCAGAUUGGACGUGGUGACGAACUUUCUUGAGGGCAAAUUCAGGCAGUUCAGAGUAUGAGCAGUGCUUUAUCUGUUGCCUUGCUGAAUGGGCAGGAGAAGGCUUGCUUGAAGCAAAUGCCAUAGCAGGAAGGGGAGUGUGGAUCCUGAGUAUCAACAAGAAGCUGCCCAAUGCCUAGAUGAUGCAGGCUGUUGUCCUUUUUUGCUUCAGCUCCUGCAUCUCCACCAGUGCCUCACUCUCCUUGUGAGGCCUCCCUAAAUGGCCAAAAGUUGGGAACCUUUGCCUGGUCUGUAAGUGGGGCUGAGUUCUGCUUAUUGGAUUUCACAGCUGCAGCCUGAAAUUGUACAUCCCAGAAACAGAUGCAUCACCCAGACUCCUGCUCCUUUUUUUCUUCUUAGACCUCUCUGUCCCAGGUGUAAUGGCUGUGCUCCAAGCUGAGGCUUAUAUUUCACCAUCAGACUAACCUGGUCUCUCGCCUUGAUUUUUGGCUUUUGCUUUGUUGUACAGGCUGUUUAGAAUCGGUUCUGUGAGACUCACGGAACUUUGUACACCUGAUCUUUUACUAGACUCUUAUAAGCCGUGGACCUGCUUCUACUUUUCCAGGUUCUCCUAUACAGUGGACAACUUGAUAUCAUUGUGGGAGCCCCACUGACGGAACGAUUUCUCCCGACUGUGCCGUGGACUAAAGUGGAAGAGUACAAGAAUGCCGAAAGAGUUGUGUGGAGGGUUCGUGCUAAAGAUUCAGACGUUGCUGGCUAUGUGCGCCAAGCUGGUGAAUUCUAUCAGGUAUGCAGCGGAGGGGGAUGCUAAGAUACAGAUUUUAAAGAAGCACAGUGCAAAUUCAGCUCUGUUUAUUUGACUUUUUCCGGCCGAAGGACUCGCUUUUCUCUCUAACACCCGGCGAAGUGAGUUAAAUUCAGACUGCAAUCCUGUGCAUGCUUAUUACGGAAUAUAUAGCCCCCACUGAGCUCAUAAUACUUCUGUCAGAGUUAAACCUCCCAUUCUCUUGGUUGUGCACUACCAGCGACCUAACUUGAAGUGAAACUAUCUCUUAGGCACCCUGCAUUACGAAAGAUGUUUGGGAAUUGUCAGGGAACUGCCAUCGGCUCAGGGGUGAGGGGGGGGAAAGGCGGAUGGAUUACAGAGAGCCCCCAAAGAUCGUGGGAAGCAGCACCUCCUCAGCGGAGGAAGGAGGCCACGCCUCUAGUGGCGAGGAGGUGCAGGGCUCGGAGGAUGCAAGGCAGUACCAGGACACCUUGCCUGGGCAAAGCAGGGAGGAGGGAGGUCCCCCUUUACCCACGCCUUCCUUGCGCAGAAGACUUUUGCGCAGAGAGGGGAGGCGUAGGCUGGGGCUCAAGAGAGUACUCUGCUGGGGAAGAUUCAAGGACCGCCCACUCUCAGAGUCUGCUAGUCAAUGAGCAAGACGUGGAAUAGAGGCGCUCUGCAUUGUAAAGGUUUUUAGCACCAAUAAUAAAGCUUUAGAACAGACCAGUGAGGCACCUUGCCUGGUUGCUCUCGAGCAACCAUCCGAUAGCCUUAACAGGAAUGUAGGAAUCAGAUGCCUGAUCAUUCUCUCCCCACCAACCACCCCUAGGCUGAAUCCCACAGGGACUCCAGGAGUAGGACGGGAUUCCUGCUACAAAUCAUGAUGUGAUAGAUCUCAUUUCCGAAUGUCUGUUGUUUGACUCCUGGUGUGGGUUCUGUCUGGCAGGGAAAAAGGAAAGCUUUCCCUGCAGCUUUUAAAAUUGAUUUCAGCAGCAAAGCACUGAGCAUGCGGUCGGAGCAGCUAUCCUUGGUCAGUGUUUCUAUCCUUGAUCACUGUUGACAAAGAUGACAUUUGCACUUGGCUGCUGGGGGGGGGAGGGGGGAGGCUUAGACUUUUCUAGGCAGCAGCUGCAGACAGUAAGCCAACUAUUUGUACUGCCGUGCAGUGACAGAUCACAAAAUACUGCAUCUGCGGGCAUCUGAACAUGCUUCAUUUUUAGCCCUCGUAAGCAGGCUCUGUUCUUGAUCCUCCAGUUUCUGUAACAUCUGAGUCUUAAAAAAAGAGAAGCAUUUACACAAUAAAGCUGUGCACAGGGGUAAACUAAAUAUUAAAGGCCUUUCCCAUCUUCUGCUAUGUCCCCUCCCCCCCAAAAAAAAUCUAAAGAGAGUCAGUAUCUCAUGAAGAAUGGAGACAUUCAAAAAGUGACUAUUGAAAUGUUACUACUACUACUACUAAUUUAUUAUUUAUACCCCAGCCACUCUGGGCGGCUUCCAACAAAAUAUUAAAAUACAGUAAUGUGUCAAACAUUAAAAGCUUCCCCAAACAGGGCUGCCUUCAGAUGUCUUCUAAAAGUCUUGUAGUUGUUGUUCUCUUUGACAUCUGGUGGGAGGGUGUUCCACAGGGCAGGUGCCACUACCGAGAAGGCCCUCUGCCUGGUUCCCUGUAACUUGGCUUCUCGCAGUGAGGAAACCGCCAGAAGGCCCUCGGCGCUGGACCUCAGUGUCCAGGUAGAACGAUGGGGGUGGAGACGCUCCUUCAGAUAUACUGGAGCGGUUAAAUAGAAACGCCAAUUCUUCCAGCCGAAAGAAGACAGCACUGUGGAAAGUAUUCAGUUUUUAUUCAAACAAAGUCUGGACCAGUGUUAGAAACUGGAUCAUGAAAGCUAGGAGCUAAAUGGCACCUUAAACCUAAGUUAUGGGCGCCACAACAGAAUGUCUAGGCUGAAAAUGAAUUAACUGCAGCUAAAAUCUUCUGUUCAUUUUUCACAUGGUCUAGUCCUCAUCUGAAGACUGCAAAAAAUGAAGCCAUGCCCGCCAUCUUAAUAUUCUUAUGAGGGUCCCUUUCUGUAAGGGCAGCUGAGAGGCAGAACGUAUCAGCUUGCCUGACGCUGAAGUGAUUUCUUGGAAGUCAAGCAGGCAGGAAUUUCUCCUCCCACGCCCUCAGCACCAGCAGUCGCAGUUUUAAUCUGAAAUCUUACGUGCAGUGCCCAGAGCUCAGAAAUUGCUCGCACCAAUGAAAUUCCCAAUCUCAAAAUGUGCCUAGAACAAUGGGAGUUUCGAACGCUGGUCAGGACAGAAAAUACAAAAUUCAAGGCACCUUUAUAACUUCUUACCCCAUGCCCAGAUCCUUCCAAGCAAUAUAAACUGGAUAACAGAAUGUGCAAACAACUCACAAACAGCCCCUGGACUCCUCAUGGUCACUUCUAAUUGGUUACACCAAUUAUUGGAGUUGCUUUUUCCUUACAACUCUCCCUAUCUUGUUCCGGUUUCUUCCUAACUCAAAAGUAGUUUCUGUUAAACUCUUAAAGGUGUGAGAUACUUGUUUUCCUUCCGUCCAUGAGUAUUAAAUUGGGAGGCGCUGAAUCUACAUUUUUAGUGCAGUGAGGAUGGGCUUGUGUUCUGCUGGUGUAGCAUUGACCUGUUUGCUUGUACAACAGCUCAAAGAAUAGAGAUUGCUCUUAAGCAGUUAAAAUCAUUUAAGUGCAGCACGACUAAGAACUAAAAUGAUAGGCAUCUCAUAAAUCAGACUUAUAACCCAGAGUGUAUUUCAAUUAGAAAACUUGGGUUUCGUUACUCUCAAAUAUACAAUUAAAAAAAACAACCCAACCAGCUGAAAUCCUACAUAGAAUGACUUGUUUUUGCUGGAAUUCAUCAACACCUUUUUAUUUUGGGCUUUGCUGAUAUGCAUGACAUGAAGGUCUUCUGAAAGUUUUUAACGAAAGCUUAACUUAGCCUAUAAUAAUAUGUCACGACUUUCAGAUGGAAGGAAACUAUUCAGGCAAUUUUCAUCAUAUGCUUCUCACAGGGACUAAGUAUAAACUGAAGUGUUAUCUUUCACAGUCUCUUAAAUUCAUAGGCUUAUAGACAUUUUAUUUUCCAGUAAAUGCUUCUGAGAAAUGGCCUUGUGAGUCAGAAUGUGGGUAAUAUUUACUUUACCGUUGCUUUACUGGGGUGGUGUGUGUGAGGAUCAACCAGAAUGAAAUUUUACAAUUAACAGGCUGCUUUAAAAACAAAACAAAACAAAAACUACAGUGAUUUAAGAACACGGCUAGCUUGGCUUCAUUUCAGUAUUAGUAGGAGGACUUAAAUUUCACUUGCUUUCAGGGGAGCCUAAAAUUAUGUGGCUGAGUACUUUUCGGAAACUGGGUCCUUUGGAGGAUUUUGGGAAGGUUACGGAAUUGAAAUAAGUAACUGCAAAUAAACAUAUUUCUAAUUGAAGGAAGAAGCUGCUGAAUAGAUUUGGGAUAACUUCUGCCAAGGCCAGAUAGUUCCCAGGAAGAAGAAUCUUGGCUUCACUGAAGUCUUUGUUAGUUCCUUUGUCAGUUUCUUGCUUCAUUCUUUGAGGAUGAGUGAAGUUCCUGAUGCCACGUAGAAAUUAUCCACACUUAACUUUUGCCCUGCACUUUCUUAGGCAGAGUCUGCACUUAAAAGCUCAGUCUCCAAGCAUUCUUUUUUGCUCUGGAACUUUCCCCGCCGAAGCCUGCUCUUUAGCGCUAAAUUGGAGCAGAGGUCAAUUCGGGUUCUCAAUGGAUUGCUGUUUGCUCCAAUUGAGCUUUAAAGAAUGGAUUUUUGUAGGGAAAACUCUGGGGCAAAAAAGGGAAUUUGGACAUGGAACGCAGACCAUGCCUGGAAAGAGCAGAGGAAAGGUAAAUGUAGAUAAUCCCAUAGCGUGAUGACUGUUUUCUAGAAGCUUCUAUGGGUGUUGUGGUUUGUUUAACUGUUUUACAUGGACUUCCUCUAAGCAUGCAAAGUGCCUAUAGGAUAGUGUUCUUGGGCUAGCGUGGUCAUAUUUAGAAUAUGGAUAGAAUGUAUUUUUCAAUAAGUUCCCCAGCUAUCAAAUACCUAGCAUCAGUUAAUGGUUGAAAGGAGCUGGUCUAUAGGUUAGUGGUAGAAUAUUGCUUUGCAGUGUUGAGGUCCAGAGUUAGGUCUUGAUAAGUAGAAUUCAAAUUGUUGGUACUGAGCAUUAAAGCUCAAAAUGGCUUCGGCUCUAUAUACCUGAAGGAGCUUCUCCACACUCAUUGUUCAGCCCAGACACUGAGGUCUACCACCUACCUUCUGGUGGUUCCCUCACUGCAAGAAGUGAGGUUACAGGGAAACAGGCAGAGGGCCUUCUCAGUAGUGGCGCCCGCCCUGUGGAACACUCUCCUGUCAGAAGUCAAGGAAAUAAACAACUAUCUGACUUUUAGAAGAUAUCUGAAGGCAGCCCUGAAAAAGGAAGUUUUUUAUGUUUGAUGCUUUACUGUGUUGCUGUUUUAAUUUGCUGGAAGCUGCCCAGUGUGGCUGGGGCAACCCAGUCAGAUGGAUGUCAUAUAAACAAUAUAAAACUAUAUAGAAAGGCCACCAAAGUGGGCGUCUGGGAAGGAGCUGACUGUGUACAUAGUCAGAGUACAUAGGCAGCUGGCUUAUAUCAAGUCAGACCAUUGGUCCAAAUAGCACAGUAUUGUCAGCACUGACUGUCUGGGUUGCAGGCAGAAAGAAGUCUUCCACAGUUCUACCCGUAGACCCCAAGGAUUAAACCUGGAACAUUUGGCAUGUGAAGAAUGUGUUCCACCACAGACCUAUGGUCCUUCCCUGAAGGUUAAACUAUUGGUCUGACCCAUUUAUGGGGUAGUUCUUCAUGCUCAAUGUCUGUCGCCUUGCUGGUUUCCUUAAUGGACGCCCACCCCUUCUGAAGUCUACAUUCAUGAUCUUGACACACCUAUGAGUUAUUAUUUACCCCCUUGUGUUGCAGCUCUUAAGAUCGUACUCUUCUGCUGUGCCACAGCUGCAGCCUUGCUGAAGCGCUGUCUGAUACUUGGCCAGUGCUUGGAACAGUGCUGUUGCAAAGAUUUCAGCUCCUGUUCGUCCAAGCGCACUUGUUUGGCUUGGUUUUAAAGAAGUUUUUAAUAUUGCCAAACUAUCAAGAGGCAAAGAUCUUCUUCAGGAAAAACGAGCCACAGGCAUCCUGCAAUCUGAUCAGCAUGCAUUGAGACUAGAAACUCACCCAACAAACUGGACAGACAGAGGCAGCCUUAUUUUAAAGGGGAUAUUCUCUCACUGUUGCUCACCAGUGAUCCUGCUCAUCCUUUCUCCUUGCCAGUCACAAGUUUCUGCUUCCAGCAUGUUCCCUGCUCCAUAGUUCCCUAUUCUUCUGGUGUUCUUUGAGGCUCAUAUCAUUCCCCUCUUUUGCACACCCAGCCCCCUUUUGAGCUCAGACCCUCUUGAACUGCUGUCGCCUUGCCUACAGGCAUAAAUGAGCUAAGUCAGGCUUCCUCAACCUCUGCCCUCCAGAUGUUUUGAGACUACAAUUCCUAUCAUCCCUACCACUGGUCCUGCUAGCUAGGGAUCAUGGGAGUUGUAGGCCAAAAACAUCUGGAGGGCCAAGGCUGAGGAAGCCUGAGCUAAGUUAUCUGCUUUUGAGAGAAUGAAUGAAAUUUGUUGGGGUUAAGAUGCUGGAAUUUUCUGGCCCAGCAAGGAAAUAGCAGCUCCACAUUAGUAUUCCACACGGAUCUUCAGAAUGACACUGCAGAAUAUUCCCACAAAGCCACAGCAUUGCUUAAGACAGUCAUGGGCCGGCGUUGCUGGCUUGCCAAUGAUUUUAAGUAAAGCAAAGUUUUGGAUUUCUUUCCUGGGUUCUCCCUGCCAUUUGCCUGUUCAAUCCCUAUGGCUGCGCACAUCUGUUUUGCACUAUUCUGCUUGCUGAUUUAAUUGUACAUGGCUGCACAUGCAUAGAUAUCUGAGAGGAAACCACAAAGAGCCACUUGUCCAAAGACAGCGAAGCCAAAGAGCUGAUGCUUGAACAGAUUUCUCCUAGAACAGACUUUUAUUUAUUUCAUUGCUUGAUAGCCAUAGCACUUAAUCUUUUAAUGCUGAUGUUGAAUCUCUCUCUCUCUCUCUCUCUCUCUCUCUAUAUAUAUAUAUAUAUAUUACUGUGGCUGAUUUUAGAAUUCCUUAUGAUGUCAAAAACGGUUACGCUCCCAUCUGUGCGGAUGAUUUUUGUUCUAAACCCAAUGCAUAGUGAUAGUGGUGAAACAGAAGCACAGACUUUUUUAAAAAAUCAAAAUGUCUGAUUUACUUUAGUGCUAAGGUAUAAUUAAUCCCUAAUAGAUAACAGGUUUUAAAAUAAAGUUCCCAGGAAAUGAGGCAUGUUAGAUGUGCUUUCUCACAUGUGUGUAGAUAGAUUUUAAAAUAUGGUUUCUGCAUUCUAAAAUAUGGAGUCCCCUGAAGUGGGAGAGGUCUCCUCUCCAGGACCGUAUACGACUGCACAGUCCCCUCUCCAUCAGUGGAGAAGCAAGCUGUCAGCUAAGAGGUACAGGGCCCAUGGUACAGGCCCCAGCUUCACCUAGUCAAUCCCCGAAAUUGAGUCUUGUAGGAGCAGGGCACUGGCUGCUUUGGAUCACUAGAUCCAAAUCCCCAUGGAUUCUCUGAAGGGCCCAGUCUUUGGACCUUUUAGCUAUGCUAGCCUGGAGCUGGUGUACCAAAAAAUGAGGCAAAGUAGCCUUCCACACAGCAUUCUCCCCUCAGCAUUCCUCAGCAGCCAGUGUGGUGUAGUGGUUAAGAGCGGUAGUCUCGUAAUCUGGUGAACCGGGUCCGUUUCCCCGCUCCUCCACAUGCAGCUGCUGGGUGCCCUUGGGCCAGUCACACUUCUCUGAAGUCUCUCAGCCCCACUCACCUCACAGAGUGUUUGUUGUGGGGGAGGAAGGGAAAGGAGAAUGUUAGCCGCUUUGAGACUCCUUCAAAUCCAAACUCUUCUUCUUCUUCUUCCUCUGGCUUUGGGAUGUGGUAGCCAUGCUAAAGAGGAUGGGGCCCAAACCAACGGGUUCAAAUUACGAGAAAGACAGGUUGGACUAAACAAGUAGAGUGCAAACUGUUUGACAGUGGAACAGCAGACUGGACUCUCCUUUGUUAGAAGUUUUAAGCAGAGGUCGGAUAGCCACUAUCUGGGUUGCUGUAGUAGUGGAUUGCCUUCAUCAGCAUGGAGUUGGACUAGAAUCAGGGUUUCCUAAACUUGAGACUCCAGCUGUUUUUGGACUACAACUCCCACCAUCCCCAGCUAGCAGGACCAGUGGUCAGGGAUGAUGGGAAUUGUAGUCCAAAAACAGCUGGAGACCCAAGUUUGGGAAACCCUGGACUAGAUGAACUUGGAGGCCCCUUCCAACUCCUUAUGUUUCAGUGAUUUGGCUCCAGAUCCAGGCAAUGUUCUUCCUUCCUUCCUUCCUUCCUUCCUUCCUUCCUUCCUUCCUUCCUUCUCUCUCUCUCUCUCUCUCUCUCUCUCUCUCUCUCUCUCUUUCACACAUGUAUUCCCACGCACUGCUGUGAGUGUCCAUUAAACAUUCUAGGAGUUGAUCUCCCUUCUGAUCCCUUGAAGAUGCACGAUCAGGCGCCACACUGACAUCCCACAGCCGCUGCCCUCCUCUGCUUUCAAAUACAGAGGUCAAAGAGGAAGUUUGGGUCACAGUAAAUGUAAGCAAAGACCCUGUAUUCGGCUGUUACUUUUUUGUCGUGCAUGAAUGCCGUUUGGACUGGCGCCCUGUGAACUCUGCUGGCUGAUUCCACCCCCAUCCUGCCUCCACUACUGUAUGUUCCUUUUGAAGCUGUGUGGAGAAGGAGAAAUGCAGCUGUUUACUGCUUUCACUGAAACUGUGUGUGUGUGUGUGUGUGUGUGUGUGUGUGUGUGUGUGUUUGUAUGUGACUUCAGUUUUUUGCAAUUAGGACCGAAGCCUGGAACAGCACUGCCGGCCUCCAUGGAGCAUUUAGCAAUGUCUAGUCAUGGCAGUGAUUGGAUUAAAGAAAGAGGAGGUCUGUCUGGAACAAUGUAAAUUAUAGCCAGCUCUUACAAUUCAAAGGGAUCCCAAAGCCAAAGUAAAAUUAGGGUGGUGGUUGUGGUUUUAAGCCAGUUAACAUUGGCUUAUAGAGUGCGUCCCAAAUAAAUUACCACAUCUGGUUCCUGCAAGGGGAAAGACCGGCAGUGGAGUGAGCGUGAAACUGGAACUCUUUCUCACCCUAACUAAAGCGUAGCGGCUGGGUCCAUGCUUCAUUCCUGUUGACGUCUCUACUUCUGGACUUGCAAAGUAAUCAUGCAGUGUUAAUUGAGAAGGGGGGGGGGAAUGGGUGUGGGGGUGUUAUACAACACCCUCCCUCCUCUUUGGUUUUUAAAAUAUUCACCUUGUUUCUAAGUUUUGCAGAGUGGCUGGGGAAACCCAGCCAGAUGGGUGGGGUAUAAAUAAUAAAUUAUUAUUAUUAUUAUUAUUAUUAUUAUUAUUAUUAUUAUUAUUAUUAUGCUGUUGCUGCAACUGCAGCCCAGAUUCAGCCCCUCUUCCCUUCCCACUCCUAUCCUGCCAAUAACAGAGGUGGAGAAGUUAUCGCUGCUUCUAGUAAUAUUGCGUUGUGUCCUAGUAAAAUAAGCUGGGAAGGUAGCUCAAUAGUGGAGCAUUUGCUCUGCAUGUAGAAGGUCCCUGGUGUAUCCAGUUUAAAAGAAUCAGGUGGUGAGUAGGGCAAUAUGGCCUGAGGCUGUCUAAAGCAACUCCCUGUGGGCGGUGUACUAUUUCUAAGCAUGUUGCAAGAAAUAGGUCCACCACUCAGUCUGGGCAAUAUAUCGAUAUAUUGCCCAAAACUGGUUUGAAGUCCACAUCAUGAUAUCGAUUUCAUAAUUUUGGACCUGGCAAUAUAUCGCAAAUCAUGAGGUGUGUGUGUGCGCUAUGCAAAAAUCACAAUGUGGGAAAAACAGUGAAGCUAGCCAAUGCUUCUCUCGAUUCCUGCAGCUCCUGUUAACUCGGUCAGCUCAGCUCUCCCCUGCUUCCUGCAGUGGGAAGCGCAUCACAAGAGCAGGCGCCAGCAAAAAUCACAAUGCGGGAAAAACCAUGAAGCCAGCCAAUGUCUCUACAUAGCUCGAUCCUUAAGUCAGACACUGUGAUAUAGCAGUACAACAUGAUGUUUAGCUGGUGAUACAUCAUGAUGUUGAAAACCAGGUGAUGGGACGUGGGUGGCGCUGUGGUCUAAACCACUGAGCCUCUUGGGCUUGCUGAUUGGAAGGUCGGCGGUUCGAAUCCCCGCAAUGGGGUGAGCUCCUGUUGCUCUGUCCCAGCUCCUGCCAACCUAGCAGUCUGAAAGCAUGCCUAUGCAAGUAGAUAACUAGGUGCCGCUGCGACAGGAAGGUAAAUGGCAUUUCCAUGCACUCUGGCACUCAUCAUGGUCCUUCAUGCGCCAGUAGCAGUUUAGUCAUGUUGGCCACAUGUCCCAGAAAACUGUCUGUAGACAAACGCCGGCUCCCUUGGCCUGAAAGUGAGAUGAGUGCCACACCCCAUAGUCACCUUUGACUGGACUUAACCAUCCAGGGGUCCUUUACCUUUACCUGAAAACCAGGUGUUCAGAACAUGUCAUGAAGGCUGUACUUUUUUUUUUUUUGUAUUAAAAACGUAGAAACUUGCCUUAUCCUGAGUCAGACCGUUGAUUUCAGGCAGGGAAUCUUUUCCCGCUCUACCAAGAGAAGACAAGGAUUGGGGCUGGGACCUUCUGAUGCAAGUAGGACUACCCCAUUGCAGAUUUAGGAAGCUGUGUUUGCUGUAACAGCCUUCUGUCUCCAUUUACUCAGCAUCUUGGUAAUCGUACUUCUUCUGACAUCGUUAGUUUCGAUCUGAAGUACAAAUCAGUGCUCCCAAUUCAAACGGCUAAACUUUUGGAAAGGAAGAGGUUAAUCGUUAACAGUAGGCUUUUAACAAAAAGAUCUGUAGUAAUGCUGGGACUCGGGUGGUGCUGUGGGUUAAACCACAGAGCCUAGGACGUGCCAAUCAGAAGGUCGGCGGUUCGAAUCCCUGUGACGGGGUGAGCUCCCGUUGCUCGGUCCCUGCUCCUGCCAACCUAGCAGUUCAAAGCACGUCAAAGUGCAAGUAGAUAAAUAGGUACCGCUCCGGCGGCAAGGUAAAUGGCGUUUCCGUGUGCUGCUCUGGUUCGCCAGAAGCGGCUUAGUCAUGCUGGCCACAUGACCCGGGAGCUGUACGCCGGCUCCCUCGGCCAAUAAAGCGAGAUGAGCACCGCAACCCCAGAGUCGGCCACGAUUGGACCUAAUGGUCAGGGGUCCCUUUACCUUUACCUUUACCUUUACUGUAGUAAUGGUAGUGAGGAAAUUGCCCAGUGACUUCUGGCAACCUGAUGGACUCUCCUUUCAGAUGUGGAAGAGACUUCUGCUGCCAACUUGGUUUGAAAAUAUUGUAAAAUCCAAAUGCCACGUCGGUGUCCUUCAGCAGGCUCUGUGCUUCUGCAGAAGUCGCUGUGCCAGACAACGGCCAAGACAGAAGUCUGAUUCUCGUUCACCUUCAAGGCUUUGGCUGUUGGCGCCAGAAGUAAAGAUCCUCUGGAAUAAUUUGAAGACACUGACUUAUGUUGUUUGCUUUUUAGCAGUGAAGGAAUAUUUGAAUUCCAGUUAUGUCUGUAUGCUAAGGAGAAAACCUGUAAAAAUGAGAAUAUGGAAUCAGCAAUGCAACAUGGUUCUAAACUGUGAUGGGAUGAUGAGCUGCUUGUGCGUAAAAUAGUAUCCCCUCAGAGUUUGUUCAAGUCCACCAACCUCUGUCUGUGACGGAGCCCUUCAGACAUGGCUCCUCUAGUCACUAGCAGAUUCCGACAGUGGUUGCUUUCGGAAUCGCUUCCAACAUAAAAGCUCCUUAACGGAAACACGUCUUCUGGACUCUCUGCGUGACAGUUUCCGGCGAGGAGUGGGUGUUCCUACAGGAGGUCCUGAAACCUCCCCACUGUUUUCGCUGGAAGUGUCUCUGAGCCAUCCCUCCAGCUCACUUUCCCUCAGCUCAGCUCCUCUCCCCUACUGGUUCCCUCUUCAGCUGCUGAGUCUCUCCCAACCUGUGUGAGCCCUUUCACCUCCCUUCCUUCUGAUGGCAGUUCCCUGACAUCCACCUCCCCUCCAGGGCCCCUUUCACCCCUCUCGCCCCCUCCUCUCCGGGCGGUGAGGAGGCAAUACCACGGAACGAACUUCCUUCAUCUUCCGAUGUCUCGAACACUUCUCUCCACCUGUUGCGGUUCCUGGUCUCGAAGUACUCCUCCUCCUCAGAGUCCAUCUCCCCUUCCCCUUCCGAGUCCGGGAAUCCUUCCAACUCCUCCUCCUCAUCAGUGGUCCCAAAGUAUUCCCUCCGGAACCUCUCCACAGGCUGAGGUUUCCUUGGGAACCUUUGAUGGAACGUUUCUAUCAAUACCUCGUCAUUGAUAUCUUCGGCCAUUACCCAAGUGUUUUCUGACUCCGGUUCUCCUUCCCACGCUACCAAAUACUCCACCUGAUCCCCCUUCCACCUGGCGUCGAGGAUUUCUGCCACAUGGCUGCUGCAUUCUCUUUCUUCUAUGACCGGUCCCCGAGUGGCCUUCCCUUCUCGUCCCCCUUCGUACGGUGACAGUAACGACCUGUGAAAUACUGGGUGCAGUUUCAUGUGGUUGGGUAACCGGAGCCUGAAAGCCACUGGGUUGACCUGUUGAAUGACCUCAAAGGGACCCAACCUCCUGGGUCUUAAUUUCUUACAACCUCCUUUGAACGGCACCCCUUGGGUUGACAGCCACACCCUAUCUCCCACCCUUAUGGUUUCACCUUCCCUUCGGUUCUUGUCUGCCUGCCUCUUGUAUUCUUCCUUCGCCCUUUCUAAGUUGAGUUGGAGCUGACGAUGGAUUGCUUCCAUUUCUUCCACAAAAUGCUCGGCUGCCGGGACGCUCCAUCUCUCCCCAUCUCCCCCUGGGAAAACCCUGGGAUGACACCCAUAAUUAGCCAAGAAGGGGCUCAUCCCUGUGGACACAUUCUCGGCAUUGUUGUAGGCAAAUUCCGCCAGCGCCAACUUUUCUACCCAGUCAUUCUCUCUGUCAUUGACAUAACACCUCAGGUAUUGCUGGAGGACACCGUUUGCUCUUUCCGCCUGCCCGUUGGUUUCAGGGUGCCGGGCAGUCGAAAAAUUGACCUCCACCUGCAGUAAGCUCAUGAGCUUCCUCCAGAACCUGGAAGUAAAUUGUUUUCCUCGGUCUGAGACCACCCUCAAUGGCACCCCGUGCAACCUAAAAAUGUGUUCUACAAAUAACUUCGCUGUCUCUUCCGCCGUGACUGCAUGCGAGCAAGCUACAAAGUGGCACAUCUUUGUUAGUAGGUCUACCACCACCAUGAUGGCUGUUUUCCCUUUGGACUUCGGCAGAUCAGUCAUAAAAUCUAUCGACACUGCCUCCCAAGGUCGUUCUGGGGUUGGUAAGGGUUCUAAUAGCCCCGCCGGCGCCCGCCUUUCCCCUUUGGCUCGCUGGCAUUGCUCGCACCCUCUUACAUACUCACGUACAUCUUCCCUCACCUUAGGCCACCAAAAUUCCCUGGUGACCAACCACAUGGUUUUGUGUUGUCCAAAAUGCCCCGCCGUAGGGCUGUCGUGCAACUGCUUGAGUACCCUCCCCUUAAGUCUCCUUCAGGGAUAUACAGUGCCCCUUUGUAAUACAAAGCUCCAUUUCUUUCCUCGAAACCCCUGGUUCCUCUCCCUCACCCCUAAGACCUCUGAGCUUAUUCUGGGCGUAUUCAUCAUUCUCUGUUUCCUCUACCAGUUCUCUUUGUCCCACCAAUGCCGCCCCACACACCCAGCGGUCCUCUGGAAUGACAUGUCUCUCUUCGGGUGCUCCCUCCCCUCCAAAUAUUCAGGUUUGCGUGAGAGAGCGUCCGCCCUAAUGUUCUCUGGGCCUGGCACGUAACCAAUCUCAAAGUUAAAUUUGGAGAACUCCUGGGCCCAUCUCACUUGCCGUUGGUUGAGCACUCGUGCCGUCCUCCAAUACUCUAGGUUCUUGUGGUCAGUGCACACUUGCACCUUAUGUUGUGCGCCAAUUAGCAGGUGCCUCCAUCUCCGGAACGCCUCAUGAAUGGCUAGUAGUUCUCGGUCAUACACCGUGUAGUUCCUCUCGGAUUUGUUCAGCUUUCGCGGAAAAAAAGCACACGGUCUCCACUCUGACUCCUCCUUCCCUGGCUGCAGCAGCACCGCCCCAAUCGCUCUGUCUGAUGCGUCAGUUUCCACUCUCAUCGGUUUUUGUAAAUCCACAUGCAGGAGUUGUUGUUCCGAGGCGAAGGCCCUUUUAGUUCCUCAAAUGCUCGCUCCGCCUCCUCAGUCCAAACGAACUUCUUCUUACUGCUGAGACAGUCCGUAAUGGGCGCCGUCAGGUGGGCAAAGUUUCGGAUGAACUUACGAUAGAAGUUCCCAAAUCCUAGGAACCUCUGCACAUCCUUCCUUGUUUUGGGUGUUUUCCAUUCCAGCACCGCCUGGACCUUGCCGGGAUCCAUGGCCAAUCCCUUGUCUGACAGGCGAUACCCCAGGAAUUCCACCUCCUUGGUAUGAAACUGACACUUCUCCAGUUUCACCCACAGCUGGUUGGCUUGCAGCCUGCUCAACACUUCUCUGACGUCUCUCACAUGCUGCUCCUCAUUCUCAGAAUACACCAACACGUCGUCUAAAAAGGCCACACAAUUCUUGUAAAGCAAAGGCCCCAGGACGUGGUUCAUAAACGAUUGAAAGCAUGCGGAGCCUGCUUGUAGGCCGAAGGGCAUAACCAAAUAUUCAAAUGCCCCUAAAGGGGUGAACAUGGUGGUUUUCCAUUCAUCCCCUUCCUUAUUCGUACCAGGUUGUACGCCCCCCUUAGGUCCAGCUUUGUGAAAAUCUUUCCCUUCCGCACCCUUGUCAAAAUGUCGUCAAUCCUGGGCAUAGGGAAGGCCACUGGUUCUGACACUGCAUUUAAGGCCCUGAAGUCACACACCAGCCUCGGCUUGUUCGUGUUUUUAUCCACAAAAACACUGGGCUGCCCCCACCGCCCUGGACUCUCUGAUGAACCCUCUCUUCAGGUUCUUGUCAAUGAACUCUCUUAGCUCCUGCAUCUCUCUGUCUGACAUGGCGUACAGCUUGCCUACAGGGAGCUGUGCCCCAGGGAGUAAAUUGAUUUGACAGUCAAAGGGUCUAUGCGGGGGUAGUUGGUCAGCUUCCCUUUCGCUGAAGACGUCGCGGAGAUCUGCGUAUUGUCGUGGUACCUUCACGUUCUCCGUUACUUCAGUCCCUGCUAGGGUGGCUUGGGCCCCUGCCAAACCCUUUCCCUCUUUGCAGUGUUCUAAGCAAUGUGCUGAACCAAAAGAAACCACUCUCUGAUGCCAGCCCACCAGCGGAUCAUGUAACGCUAGCCAGCUCAUCCCCAAUAUAAUGGGAGCUCCUCCCAAGGUGGCCACAUUAAACGCUAUCAGUUCGGUGUGCCUUGCCACCUUCAUUAUCAUUGGGACGGUCUGCAAGCUGACUUCUCCUCCCAACAGCUCCCUGCCAUCGAUCGUGGUCACCUGCAGGGGGUUGCUUAAAGGGAUCGUCUGUAUCUGGUGUUCAGCUGCAAACUCUUUGCUCAUGAAAUUGCAGGAGCUGCCUGAGUCCAACAGCGCCUUUAUCUUUAGAGGGUGUCCGUUUGGCAGCUCUAGCGCCACUUCUAUCACUAGGGCGGGUUUAGGAGGUUCUGGCGUGGGCACUCUCACUGCUCUUUGGCCUGGCUGCUGUGCCCCGACGGUGGCAGCCAGGCGUUGGCUUUACUUGCUCCGGUAUUUCUUCCUCUCUUCCCUCCACAGCUCCUACCAUCCCUUGCCAUUCCUUCCUCUGGGGGCAGACUCUGGCAAAGUGACCUGGCUGUUGGCAGAGAUAGCAUUUCCGGACGCGUUUUCCCUCCUUCUUUCCCCCCUCACUGGGCUUUGAAACAGCGCGCGCGCGCUGUUCCGAUUUUCAUCGGCUCUGCCGGCGGGAAAGUUGGCUCUGGAAUGUCUGGAAUGCGGACCUCCUUCCACCGUUCCCCUUCCCUACCCGCCUCUCCAAUGCUCUCGCCUCCUGGCGCGCUCCUAUGGUCAGCGCUGAUUUGGUCAGCUGGUCCAUAGACUCCGCCCCUGGGCGCCCGGGAAAGUUCGUCUUUCACAGCCGAAGAAAGCCCUUCUUCAAAGAGCAUUUGAAUGGGUUCCGCCGAUAAGUCCCACCCCAAUCUGUGAACCAGCAUGGUGAACUCAGUCCAGUACUCACGGACAGAUCGGCUCCCCUGUUUGCAAGCCAUUAACUGUCUGCGCACCACUCCCUGUUCAAUAUCGCUGGAAAACAUCAGAUCCAUGGCGCGAAAGAACUUCAUCGUGUCCUUUAGGACGUCACUAUUCGCUGCCAUCAGGGGUCUAACCCAGUCUUUCGCCCCUUUUCAAGAUGCCCAAUCACGAAAGCCACUCGUGAUUCCUCGUCAGGAAUUCAUCAAACUGCAGAUUGAGGGCAUAUUGCAUCUCUGUCCGAAAGCCAUGAUAGUCUUUGGGCUCCCCCCCAAACUUCUGCACCAAUCCUGGUACCUUUCUGGCGAGCUGGGUGGCUUUCCCCUUUUGUCUGCAUCCUGAGCCCUCCUCUCCUCAAGCCUCGCCGUCUGCAGCGCUAGCUGGACCUCCAACACCCGGUACCUUUCUUCCAGGCUUGGACCCGCUCCAGCUCCUGCUUCUCCGGUUCCGGCUGGGUUGCUCAUGAUGCCUUCUCCUGCACAAGCUGCUUUCAAAGACUGUCGGAAUGCUGUGAUGGGAUGAUGAGCUGCUUGUGCGUAAAAUAGUAUCCCCUCAGAGUUUGUUCAAGUCCACCAACCUCUGUCUGUGACGGAGCCCUUCAGACAUGGCUCCUCUAGUCACUAGCAGAUUCCGACAGUGGUUGCUUUGGAAUCGCUUCCAACAUAAAAGCUCCUUAACGGAAACACGUCUUCUGGACUCUCUGCGUGACAGUUUCCGGCGAGGAGUGGGUGUUCCUACAGGAGGUCCUGAAACCUCCCCACUGUUUUCGCUGGAAGUGUCUCUGAGCCAUCCCUCCAGCUCACUUUCCCUCAGCUCAGCUCCUCUCCCCCUACUGGUUCCCUCUUCAGCUGCUGAGUCUCUCCCAACCUGUGUGAGCCCUUUCACCUCCCUUCCUUCUGAUGGCAGUUCCCUGACAUAAACAUAUUUGAAAGAGCAUUAUCAUUUGAUUAGAGCUAGCAUAUUAUCUUAUUUCACAGGACUGCUUCUGCCCAAAAUGAGAGGUAGCCUGUUUGAUUUGUAGUUAGAGACUUUGCUCCUGAGCCACAUUACAGUCAUUACUUAAUGAGUCCGUGGCUGAGCUGGAUUUGCAUUAGUAUCUUUGGUCUGGAUCCAACAUGCCAUACCAUUGGGUGAGUUUGGUCCAGUCGUAAUAGAUCGCUGAGCUGUGUAUGAGCUUGUGUGAGUUGAUGGUCGUAGCGAUGGGUUAGUAUGCGGAAACCCCAGUUUCAAAUAUUUCUGAGGCCUGCUGUGCAUUUCAUGUGUACAUAUCAGAUGCUUUUUAAAUGUACAGUACAGUGGUACCUCGGGUUACAGACGCUUCAGGUUACAGACUUCGCUAACCCAGAAAUAGUACCUCGGGUUAAGAACUUUGCUUCAGGAUGAGAACAUAAAUCGUGCGGCAGCAGCGGGAGGUCCCAUUAGCUGAAGUGGUACCUCAGGUUAAGAACAGUUUCAGGUUAAGAACGGACCUCCAGAAUGAAUUAAGUUCUUAACCCGAGGUACCACUGUAUAUCUAAAACAGCAAAUGAAAACACACAUUCUGCAGGGGGGGAAUCUGUUGUCUCAUUUCACCAUUUGUGAUUCAGUUUAUUUAGCUGCUAUCGCUCCCUUUGCUCUCAGAAUGCGGCAGACUUUUCACUGUAUAUUUUGUGCCAGAGCACAAGCGCAUAAGACCAAGUACAAUAAACAAAAUACACCCAAUUAAGCAUGGAGGGCAUGGAUACAUGCGACGUUGGACAUGCCGUUUAUGUAUUCAAGGCAUUUGUAUAUCUUCAUAAAUAUUUAUCCCAAGGAAGUUUACAUUGCAAAUUUCAAUGCAAUGAGCCACUCAUUGACUCUGUUCCGACUACAGUAUUUUAGUAGAACAGUAUUCUCUUUGUCUUAUUGCAUUUCUUUUACUUAGAGUUGGAAGGGGACCAUAAGGGUCACGUACUCCAGCCCCUCACAAUGUAGGAAUCUCUUUGCCCAACAUGGAGCUUGAAUUUAAAUUUCACAUAAAUUUAAGAAGCAAAUGACAUUCAAUAAUAAGGACAUAAGAAGAGGUAGGACACAACCAUUGUGGCUACAAGUCUUGUCCUCCAUGAAUCUGUUCAGUCUUCUUCCAAAGCCAUCCAAGUUGGUGGCGGCUGUCACUGCCUCUUGUAGGAUUGAGUUCCAUCAUGUGCUGUGCAAAGAAGCACUUUCUUUUGUCUGUUACGGAUUUCCCAACAUUCAGCUUCAUUGUGUGGCCAUGAGUUCUAGUGUUAUGAAAGAGGCAGGAAAUUUUUCUUGAUCCACUUUCUUCAUGCCCAGUGCCGGAUUUAUGUAUAAGCUAAACAAGCUAUAGCUUAGGGCCCCACUCUCUUGGGGGCCCCCCAAAAAAGUUUUAAGGGGAAAAAACCCGGAUGUAAAUUUCCAAAAUAUAAGAUAAAAAAACAAAUAAAAUAAAACCUACAUACUGCAACAGUGUUUUGUGUUGUGUAGGCUCCUAUGAUGUAAGGAAUAGGCCCCGCCUGCUAGCCUGCUCCCUAAAAUAUCACUGGUUUGCUCAUUUCUAUAUAUAGGGUGCCUGCAUUCUGCAUGUGCAAAUGACUUUAGAUACCCAUUAGGUCCAUAAAUUACCAUAUAGCAUAUAUUCAACACAAAAAACAGUGACAAGUUGUUGUUGACAAAGGACAGCUGGAGAUUAAUGUUAGCUACAAAGCCCCUAAUCUAAUUUUUAUUGAAUGCGUUGGAACCAAAUGUAUGUCCUGGAAGCAGGGUUUUCUCUUAUUUAAACUAUAUAUAUUUCUUUUUAUAAUUCUACAGGCCAUUGUUCGAGGCGGAGGACACAUCCUGCCCUAUGACCAGCCAGAAAGAUGUUUGGACAUGAUCGACAGAUUUAUAUCAGGGAGGGGAUUCAAAGCCUAAUGGGUACUGAAAUCUCAGCUUCAGUGCUGCUGCUCUUCUGAAUUCUCCACAAGAGAUUUUAGGGGCCGAUAGGAAAACUUGUACUGUGUAUAAAUAAACUGUUUUAAUCUGCUCAGUUACAAUCUUGAGUCUGUUGUCCUUGUCACUGGCUCAGAUUUCCCUGCUGUGGUGCAAUUUUGAACCUGGUAUUACAGAGGAAACUUUUUUUUUGACAUGGUUCCAGAAUCCCUCAUAGGCUGAACUUAGUCACAUGGAAAAAGGGUUACACGUUACACUGUUGAGACUAUUGUUACAUGAAAUAGACAACGGCCAUUUUUCAUAUGUGGGUGGGGGGGUGUUCAGUUCCUGGCCCCCAGGCGCAUCAGCCUGUUCUGCCCCUUUUUGGCCCUCUUCCGAGUCCCAAAGGACUUAUUCAUUGGCGGUCAUGCGUCAAUUGGAUGUGCACACAUUGGCCACUGGCUGUACAAAGCAGCUUUGAACAAACUCUUUCAGGAUCCUUUAUGUAGCCAGUCAUGCCAGCUGAGGCUUUGUGGGGUUUUUGAGUCUUUGAGUCUCAAGAGGGAACCACAUAAUUACAGUGGUACCUCGGUUCUCAAACUUAAUCCAUUCCGGAAGUCCGUUCCAAAACCAAAGCGUUCCAAAACCAAGGUGCUCUUUCCCAUAGAAAAUAUUGCAAAAUGGAUUAAUCCGUUCCAGACUUUUAAAAACCACCCCUAAAACAGCAAUUUAACAUGAAUUUUACUAUCUAACGAGACGAUUGAUCCAUAAAAUGAAAGAAAUGUACUGCAGCCACGGAAUCAAUCAAUCAGUAGCUGAACUGGGUUCCACACAGUCACAAAAACAAAAAAAGAGAGCCACAAAACCACAAAAUAAAUAGUAAAAACAGACAGACCUCAGUGUAACACUCAAAACGGAAGUGUGGCACUCAAAAUGGAGCAUGUUUGGCUUCCAAAAAGAGUUCGCAAACCAGAACAUUUACUUCCAGGUUUGCAGUGUUUGGGUUCCAAGUUGUUUGAGUACCAAGGCAUUUGAGAACCAAGGUACCACUGUACUGUGGAAGGGGGCUGAACUGCUGAUGUUCUCCUGGCAUGAGGUACAUGGCUGGGCCUCUGCUCAACUGUCCAUGUGUUAGAAGGGAUAUCUGAAGUGAAGACUUCAGAUGUAAGUAUGUAGCUUCUUCACUACAGAUACCCAUUUUAACACAUGGCCUUCUCAGCCAGCACCAUGCUGGCCUCACUUUUGAGUAAUUGAUAUGUAAAAGGGGCUUUAUUCUCUAACUUGGGACUUCCCCUCAUUGCUUUAACUCUACUGCAAAACAACAGACAGAUGUAUAAAUGGAACUUUCUUUUACUGGACCCACAGAAAUAGAACAAAAAUAGGAACCCAUAAAGGAACUGGAAGUAGGAAGAAGUAGAAAGACAAAGGAGAUAUUUAUUAAUCUGACGUGUUUUGGACCCUACUGUUCAUUCUUCAGGGAAAUUCGGGAAAAUAAAGACUUGACAUUUAUAUGUCCUGUCUCUCUUCUGAGUUUUCCCAAAGAAGGACCAGAAGAGUCUGAAAUGCAUUAGAUUAAUAAAUCUCUCUCUCGUCUAUUGUUUUGCUUCUGUGUAAGUGAAAUUAUUUAAAAUAAAUCUCCCCCCACACAAAAAUCCUUAAACCCCACCCCUUUCCAGUUUUUCCUCUUGUUUUGCUCUCAUCUGUAGACUCCUGAACAUCAAAAAUAAUCCACUUAAUGAUAUUGUUGUACACACCCCACUUCUCUAAACAGAAGUUCCAGGAGCAUGAUGCUUACCUGGGCUCUGUUCAGACGCCAUUUUGUAACAUUUGAGUUUAUUCACAACGAGUUUGUAUGUAGGUGAACUAAGCUGCAGAUGUUUUGAACUACAACUCCCACCAGCCCCACUGGGGUUGAUGGGAGUUGUAGUCCAAAGCAUUUGGAGGCCUCUAGGUUGGAGAAAGCUGGUUUCUUCAAAACACAGUCCAAUCCAUUGUCUCACAUCUGAUCUCACAGGGAAAGACAGCCCACAAAAGGCUAGGAACCUCUGACUCUUCCUCACUAUCUUCCUCAACAAUUAUCUGUCUUUGGUUCCCUUUUGCAGAACAUUAUCCUUGGCUGGGGAGGACAGGGGAUUCCAAAUCUAUAAUUUUCAAUUAUAGAAGAGAUUUUAAAUUACUGUGACCAAAAGCCUCCCGGGCCUAUUCAGAAGCCUGUUUUGAGCUGAAAGCUUAUUUCCGAUGCUUCAGAAAACGAAAAUAACAAAAGCCUGCAAAUAGGAAUAGCAAGCAAACUUGCAGAGUUUAAUUUUCUGGAUGCGCAAUGUAUGCACGCUCUGACAAUUUGGUCCUUUCUCAUGUAUAUUUUCAUGAUUCAGUGGUUGUUAUCUCAAAUGUCUUUGACAAAAAAAGGAGAGAAAGUGCAUCUCCAUCGAGCACUUGCUCAUCAAAUUGCAAGCGUUUUCAAAGAAAUCAGCCUCACCUUGGACGGUAACUGCUUACUGGUACUUCUACUGAACUGCUGAGAUUACCAAGCCCUCUUUAUGGCUCCCAAACAGACAUCUAGGGAAGCCAGAGGACUUCUCUGGUUAGUUGCAAUACCACCCUUAACUGUUACAUAUGCAUAUGGACUUAUCCAUUUGCUUAAAUUGGGCUGGAGGACAAGGUCUGUGCCAUGCCCUAGAUUGGUGGAACCAACGUCAAAAGAGUGGACACUGUGCAGGUACCUGCAACAGAUCAGGUGCUGCUGCUUUCCCCCAAUGCUGCUAGAGGUGAGCCUGCUAGGCAAAAGGGACCCCAGGGUGGUAUUUUGCUGGAGCUGCCCUGACAAGCAAUACCAGCCUUGGCUCUGGACUUGCUUUCCUUAGAAAGGCACUGGAUUAUCACAGUCCAGUCGAAGCAAAAUACAAACGAGACUGUACCCUAUCGAAAAACAAAAGCACAUUUGGGAAAAAGUAUAUGCACCUAUAGAGGUAAAGCUCUUAUCACCCCAAGAUUAUUCGUUUUCAGUCCCAAUGCCUUUUGCAUUGUAUUUAUUUAAACAGUAUAUAUAUACUGCUUAACUGCGGUCAUCUCUAUGCGGUAUAAAAGAAACGCAAUACAGAAAUGUUAAAAAUAUUUAAAACUAUAAAACCAGGCUUCAAUUAAAAUAGCUGGUGGAUUUUUUAUUUUUUUAAAGUUAUAAUAAUUAUUAUUUAUACCCCGCCCAUCUGCCUGGGUUUCCAACAGAAUGAUGAUGAUGAUAAAGUGAUAAAACACCAAACAUUAAAAACUUCCCUAAACAAGGAAGUAGGUGCUGAAAGUUGAACAGAGAAUGGGUCUGUCUGACCUCAACUAGAAGGGAAUUCCAUAAACUUGGGCCCGCAAUACUGAAGACACAAUUCCUGGUGAAUGUGAAUACAUAGUCCCCCUAUGUAUUCAAACCAUAGGGGACUACGAACAGUGACUCACCCCAAGACCUCAGUGAUUAGAUAGGGAUAGAAGGGAUUAGGUGGUCCUUGAGUUAUCCUGGACCCUAGUUACUAAGGACUCUGUAAAUCAAUACAUUAGAAUAUUGGUGCAUUAGAAUUUAAAUUCUAAAAGAAAUGGUUUCUUAGUUCAUUGUGGAAAACUGAAUCUCUCUCUUGAAGGGCAUAUACAUGGGAUGUUGGAAUUCCUGUAUUUUAUUGAAUCUAAGAAGAUUGGUUUAUAUAGGACAUAUUUGCCGACACAAAUCACUAACAUUUCCGUGUUUCCACAUCUUACCAGAUAUAAACUUGUUUCUUUGAAACGCAGUGGUGGAAGUACAGCUUGGAAUCGCUGUUCAUGAGGAUGUCAAAUAAUAUUAAAUCCACCAAAGUCUAGCUUAUGCUGGAUACUAGUGAGUUCACAGGACAUACCGUUUUGAUAAAUACAUUACACUUAACAAGACAAAAGCUCUUGGUUGUGUCUUGGGGAUAGAAUGUCAAAGUUCACUUCUUUAAUUUCCUGUACUCUCUCUCUCUCUCUUUCUUUUUUAGAACUUCCCCUUGAGGAUUUGGGAAAGAUGAUAUGUGCACAUCCUGAAUAACUAGCAAGAAACAUUAAAAGAAUGAAAG